AUGUCUGCUAAGAAAGAUGGGACCUCCUUUAGCAUUGAGGAUGACAGCUACACAGAGGGUAAGAGGGCUUGUGCCACCUGUUUUGGGAGAAAUUUGUAUAAAUAUAAUAUGUUUCAAUGCUGUCUGUGUCAGUGAAAUACAAAUACAGUUUACUCCUUUUAUAUUACUGCAUCCCACUAAGGAUUUACGACAUUAGAGGCGUAGAAAAACAGGGCAUUUCAGAGGCACGGCUCGUUUAAUCUUGGGGUACCCUGGCACUAUCCUGUUGUUCGGGGGCAUUGAUGCGUGUACUGACUGAGACCGUAACAGGAAUUAGUUAAACUAAGCUCUUCUCAGACUCCUCUGUUGCAAAUUCUAUCUGCAACCUGUCAUAUGGCUGGGGAGGUCAAUUUGUUAAAAUAAAAAUUGCAUCUUGACUUGAGACAGUCAUGCAAAAUAUUAAAUUGUACAGCGCUGCAGAAUAUGUUGGCGCUAUAGAGAUACAUUUUAAUUGCCAUUCUAAAGAGAACUUUAAAUGCAACUUGGCAUGCCAGCUCUGUUGAACCUGUUUAUGCAGUGACAGCAAUAUAUGUCACUGGAAAUCACUGCAAAUUAUAUAUCCCAUUAUGUUUUAGUCAGUCCUGCAAGGCAUCAUGGGAAAAGUAUUUAACUGCCAAAAUUAGCCAUCAUCGCUUUUGUAAUUAGGGUCCCAUUUGACAGAGCUGUUUGAUCCCCGGUAAGGUAGACUAGGCGUCUUCUUAAGGGCUUCUCGGAGUAGGUGGGGGGCCCAUUUCAUGCCUAUGUUUGUCUGUCGGCCAUCUAAAUUUCACACAUAUAUUUAUUUAUUUUUAAAGUAUGUCCUGGGUAGAUCAGUUAUUUAUAUAUAUAUAUAUAUUUUUAUUCUUUAUUUUGUAUUUUCAAACAAUACAUUGGGGACAACAUAAACAAGGGGAUAUUAAUUGGAACCAUGGUAUGUAGACAGGAUAAAGGUUUGCUAUACAUAUUGUAAAGCGCUACGGAAUCUGUUGGCGCUAUAUAAAUGGCGAUAAUAAUAUUAAUAAUAAUUCAGUGAUUGAAAGUAUUUAAAGAGACGAGGUCUUGGAAACAUUGAUAGCUUUGACGAUAGAGUCACGGCUCUGUCCAUUAGCCAAGGCUCCUUCAUGGGCAAUAAGCCCGGCCUCGACCACAGACUCAAAAGGUGGAAACUAAUGCAGACACUUGUUUGGUUUAGGGUGGAGAAUAGGAGGAUUUGGUAACGAUGUAGAUCAAUAUCUUUGUUGAAGUGGGAUUGGCAGGAAGUGGGUUGGAGAGUGGAUUUACAUUGUGAGUGAGCCUAUGACCUGCGGUUAUAUUAUUAUUAUUUUAUUAUUUAUAUUGCGCCAUCAGAUUCCGUAGCGCUGUACAAUAGGUUAUAGAUAUCAAUAUUUUUUGGGUGGCAUCAUAUUAUCAGUAAGCGUUGAACAAGGGGGAACUGAGGGGGGGUCGGCAAGGUUCGAGAGAAGACGGCCUCACACGAGGAGUGAUUUCACCGGGGGAGGACUCGAGAGGCACCGGGGAGGGAGAGAGGGGAGAAUAGGGGAGGGUGUAUUAAAGCUUUUUUUAUUAUUUAUUGAAUUACUAUGUUUUUGUUUUGGGGUACCUGAGCAGUUACUCAUUUUUUUUAAAACCCAGCUGAAAUGUACACAAUUGUAAGUAGCCCCUACAACGCUAUAGAGUAUGUUGGCGCUUUGUGAAUAACAAAAAUGCUUAUCUGGGUUUGCUUGUUGAUUGGAAUGUGAUUAUUUCUUAUUUUAAGAUGUUUCCCGUGCCUGGGACAGUCUGCAGGAAGCCAAACAUGUGGUGAGUCAAUUUUGAUUUGCAUUUUAGUUAGAAUAAAGUAAAUUCAAGUCCUGCAGUAACUGAACAUGUUUAUGCCAUCUGCAGCAAUUGAAAAUUGUACAGAUGAUGCAAAAUUCACAUUUAUAUGUUAAAGGAACACUAUCGAAUGCUAUUGGUGGUUUGAGUGUCUAUAGUGUUCCUUUAACUUUUGGUGAUUAAUUCAGCGGAGAUGGGGAUGCCAAGAAGACCCCCGGUUUAUAUCAAUAUAUCAAUAUAAAAUAUCAAUAUUUUAUCCCCAAAUUUGCUUUUCACUUUAAAAAAUUUGCUACAAAUCGCUGGAAUGUAUUUACUUGCACGACAAAAAUAAAGAAUUGUAAAAAAAUAAAUUAAAGAACCAAUGAAAGAUUAUUUGUAUGUCCUUCAUUUUAUUACCGCGUGUUAUUUGGCUGAAGAAGAGAGUGAUGAUUUUGCAAGCCCAGGCAUGUCCCACUAUAAUCAUUAAAAAUAACAGACACCGGGUAUUGUAUUGUAUGGUGUGCGUUGGGUCCGGAAAAUUACUCUCUAGGGACAUUAUUAGUGAGCUGGUUUGAUCUUCCGUCUCUCAAAAAACCCAAACACGCAGACAACCUUUUGCCUGUUUGCCUCACGUUACCACCAUUUCGUAUGUCCUGUAGAAUACGAUUGUGCUAUAUAGUUAAGCUGGUAACAGUCUAAAAAUCUGACUGGGUUCUUCUUUUGUGUCAUGUAAUUACCCCUUAUAUCCAGUAGGGACUUUCUAGAACAGUGGAUCGCGACAUUCGUGGUCAAAACUAAUUGCUUGUUGACCCAUUCUUCAUUUGAAAAUGUUAGCCCAGUGACCAAUUUUUCAAACAUAUUUUUAAUUAACAUGAAAAUAAAUUGGCCUAACCCUCUCUUUUCCUAGUAUCAAUGGACCUUCCAUUGUAUUAGGGACAGAGAGCCACUGGUGUGCCACAUGUUGUGGGGUAGUUAUGUGGGACCCCACUAAAAGGAUAAGACGGCCUAUUUUUGGCCAUGACCCAUGGGUUGAGAGCCAGUGGACUCUAAUGGGAUGAAGCCAGCCAGGGCUAAUAGGAAAUCUCACCACAAGUGUCAGAGCGAACUUGUUUUAAUGCCAAUACUUAUGUAUAUGUUAACUUUUCUGCAUGUGAUUAGAGCUAUUUACUAAACUGAGAAUUACUAGGAAAUUGUAGGUCCACAAAGCGUAAUAAUAAGAAAAAAAAAACACCUCCAAAUGACCUCUCUUCUUAGCUUAGCCAUUGUGGUCUAAAUCUUUAACUUCCAUUUUCAAUUAUCCACAUUUCUCAGUUAAGAGAAUAACCGUGAAAUAAAUCCAUAGUAUGGUCACCUUUUUCCACAAAUGGAUGUUUUUAAUUUAUUAAAUCGCUGCAAAUAACAGAUACCAACGUUAUUAUGAACACAACACUGUAUUCUAUCUAGUUACAAAGGAUUGAGAACAAAAUGAGUCCCGAGGUUCACAGGCGGAACUGGAUGCUGAAAACACAGAGACUGUUGCCUGAUAGAGAUUCAUUUUCUGGUUAGUCGAUUCUAUUUAAUUAUUAUAAAAUAAGUAAAUAUAACUUGAUGAUUAUUAUUAUUUUUUUUAUUAUUUGGGUAACAUUUUUAGUUUAGCUCCAUUGGCGUAAAAUUUGCAAUUCCCUCAUAUGUUCUCUACCAUUGCUGGUUUAGUUAAUAAACAUCUAAUUUCUCUGCCUGUUUGUUUUUAAAUAUUUUUAAAUGGAUAUUUUGAGUUUUGAAUGUCUCCAUGUGUGGCAGAAGGACCUCUCUCUAUAUUUGACAAAUGUGUAUUUUUCAGUUGUAAUUAUAAAAUGUAAUUUAGAAGUCCUCACCUCUUUAUCCGCAAGUGUGCGCCUCCAUCUUACCUCCCUGUCAAUCACUGUUAUAAACUCUGUCCUUUCCACCUAGCAGUAAGAAGAGAGAAAGCGUACAGAGAAGAUGAGAAUCAAACAAUGUUUCUAUUUAUCCUCUUUGUUGGCAUUAUUCAACCUGGCUUUGCCUUGUCUGAACUGUAUCAUAAUAUAAUUUGCUAAAUCUUUAAAGGAACACUAUAGGGCCAGUAACACAAACCCUAUAGUGAUAAAACCGCCAUCUAUUUCCCUUCACCCCCUAAAUAUAGUAAAAUCUUACCUUUAUUCCAGUCUGCUGCUGCAGGAUCUGCCUGCUUGGCUGACAUCAUCAAAAGUAUUGAUUAAAGCCAAUCACAAUGCUUUCCCAUAGGAACUGUGCAGCACUGCCCCAGGAAACACCUUUAGUAGCCAUCUGAGGAGUGGCCAGUGGCGUUAUCACUAGGCUAUAAUGUAAACACUGCAUUUUCUCUGAAAAGACAUUGUUUACUGCAAAAAGCCUGAAGAGAAUGAUUCUACUCACCAGAACAAAUUCAAUAAGCUGUAGUUGUUCUGGUGACUACAGUGUCCAUUUUAAUAUUAAUCUAAAAGAAAACAGCACAUCUCAGGUUAUAGGUGGUAUAAACUCAAGAUAAGUGACAGUUCCUCUUUAAAUGUUUUACUGAAUCUUUUAUACUUCACUUGUAAUUUUUAUUAGGGUCUCUGCUGUAGAUUCACAUCUAGUUGCAAUGCCACUGUUCACCAUCACCACUGUGUGGACGGUUACCACGUCAUGUGGAUAUGACAGGUGUUCUUUAAACGGUCACGUCUGAUUUAAUAAACAAUGGCUGCACUUAUUUGUUAGUGCACCUGUGCAGCAAAACAUUGGCAGGCCAUGUAGCUAACAGGACAAGUAUAAUUUGCCCUUUGCUUUUUCUGUACAUUGCAAGAAGGUGUAUAUGCAAAUUUGAAUGAAUACAUGCCUGCAGUCUUCAAGACAUAGAGAAAUAUAUAUAAUUUUUUUUUUAAUUGUUUUCAUAUACAGGGCACGAUUCUUGUUCUACCUCAAUUAAUGAUCAGCUGCUCUUAGGGGACAUAAAGGAACACAGCAGACGGGCAGACGAGACAUAUACACUAGACAGGUACAAACUUCAACAUUAAACUAAAUUGACUUCGCCAUUGAUUCCUUAACUGUGCUUAGAAUUAGGAACACUCAUUCAGCCAUGAAUCUUCUGUCUGAUAGACAUUUCCCCAGUAGAUUUUUGUGUUUUAUAGUCCAACAACACCUGGAGAUGGUUGGACAACCCUGUACUGACCCCGAAGCAACUUCCACUCAUUUUUUAAUAUGAAAAAAAAUAAAGAAGUGUAUUGCAUGGAUACUGAUGUGCAUGCCAUGCAAUUGGCGGCUCUCCUCUUUUGCAAUGAAAGGGUAUUUUAAGAUUUAAUUUAGAAUUGCUUCACACAAUAUGACCCAGUGUGCAAAUAAUGCCCACUUUUUGGAAUUAGCUGCACAAUUUGUAUGUUUUCUUGUAACUUGUACAAAAAGAAGAGAUUUUCUCUUGCGUUGUGUUGUUUAUAUGUUUUUUUUUUGUUUUUGUUGUUUUUGUGGAUAUCUUGGCAAUUCACUGAUUAACAUAAAUUGCUUUUGUGACAUAGGUUUCCAGAUAGGGAUGACACAUAUGAUUCUUCCAUCGAAGACAUUCAACUUGGCUGCUCAGGCAGAAACUUGUCUUCAAAGUCCUCAUUCUUUUCAGAACGAAAGGUAUUUCCCACCGAUAUGGACAGAAGACAUAUCAUGCCAUAUAGCACAAAGCUCGAUGAUCAGGACUGGUUACCAGUGGAAAUUCACAGAACCUCUGGAGAUAUAUCUUUUCUAGAAAGCAAUAGAUCCAGAGAAGAUGUGGCAGAAGAUACUUUGGACACAUAUUUGGAUGAGUUUUCUUAUCCACUGACUGUCCAAAACUUUCAUUCUGAGGAACAAAAUGUGCCCUACGUUUCCGCAUAUCACAUCAGGGCUACAUUAUCUCCAAAGAGGGACUUAUAUACUCAGAAACUGGACUACCUUAAGAACAAAUCACCCAAUGACAAACUAGAGAGAUUAAAGGAGAAGAUCAGAGAACAGAAACGAAGACGGAAUGCCUCAAGGGAAAGGCUACCAAACUUUUGGCAAGCUGGGGCAACGAUUAUCAAGCCUCUCUUGAAACGAAAGGUUUGCAAGGUGACGUUUGCCCCUCCUCCUCCUCGUAACUUUAAAGGUAAGAAAAAUAUUAAUCGACCAGCGUUUAUUAGCAUUAAUAGCAUCAGACUGUCUCAUUUGUGAAUAAUGCAAAUCCAUGUUUGUAAUUGACAAAAGUACAGCGUUGUGCUUUGCAGCCAUAUUUAAAACUGCGCGAGGUUCACAUUUUCAUAGCUUUCAGGCAAAGUUAGCCAAAGAGUCCUGCCAACUGUCAUUUGUCACAACCAAGCCUUUUUCGAGAGACUCUCAGACCAAUAUAAAUUAAAUAUAUAAAUUAUAAAUCAUUUGAAACUGUAUUAAUCUUAAAAACGCAGACGUACCAGGAAACCCUCGAUAAAACAUAUAUAUUCAUAUAUAUAUGAACAAAUUUGCCUUCACUGGCCGAAAAUGAACGUGAGCCUGGGUAAAUGUGAAUUAUUAGAUUAAAUUGAACAACAUGCACACUCUGUGCAUCCUAAGAAUCUUAUAAUUAAUAAACAUUAUCUGGGAAUAUACCGUGUGAUUCGUAUAACACAACAUUGGGAGUACAAAAUGGCGGCUUCUUGAUGUCAUGCAUGAAAUUAUAUGAUUGAUAAGAUGGGUACAUUUGUAAUGUUGGAUUGGUUUUGAUUUAGUAACAACAGGCUGAAAAAACUGAAAACGGGGUAGAGCUGCUUAGAGUAGACAAAAAAAAGGUUAAGGCCUAAAAGAUAGCUAAGCCUCAUGGGAAAUGUAGUUUUCCACGUGGCUCUGAUAACAGUGAGAAGAGAUUACAGUAAGAGGGUGUUGCAGUAUUUUAAGUGCAAUAAAUUGUUUGGUGAUUUAACCAGUAAAAUUCAGGUUGUGAUGAAUUGACAAAGAAUUUGUAAAAUAGAGAAUUAUUUACAAAAAUCCAGGAUUUUAUCUGGAAUUCACCACUGAACUGCAUAUAUAAGCCGCAAAUAACAGAUCUGAAAACAUGGCUGAUUUGGGCAAUGUUUCCCUUCUCAUCUAUUUCUGUCUUAAAAUUUGAAUUUUCAACUUGAAAAACUCUGACAGGCAACAAAAGAAUCUAGACUAUUUUUCAAACUCGGCUUUAUUGGCCUACAAUUUACAAUGAAAUGUUUACUGAAUUAACCCAGUGGCAAUGUUGGUAGCAGUCCUCCAAAUAAAAUAGCAGAAAACCAACAACAAACAGUGGGGCUGGGGGUAGAAGUUGGUAUGAGAGGGGUGUUGAUGAUGUCCCACUCUGGAGUGACCUCUAAUAAAGGGAGGCAUAUUGGCCUUCUUUUAUUUAUUGCCCCCUUCUCCCAGCUCACCUAUCAUUCUUCCAUUUUUUCCAUACCUUGCACUUCUUACUUUACUCCUUGCCCUGGAGGUGUAGUGGCGCACUGGGCUGAACCAGAAUGAUCCAUGCUUUUCUCAUCUCUGUCGCUCCUCCAUUGAGAUGGGAGGAGACGGGAUAUGGCGUCAUAUCUUCCUAGUCUCCACCAAGGGGUGCAUCAUGCUGUGUCCACCGUAAUGGACAUCAGAGCCGUCCACGAUGAGAGCAGCACAGACUCAGUGCUGCUUGCUCUUUUGGCACAGCAAUGUGAGCGCUUUUGCAACGGUAAACCAACAAGAAAAUACACGACAUUUAAAUGUCCAGUUUUGUAGAACAACCAUCUCAAAUACCGGUUUGUCCAGGCAGACUCUGGACACGUGUCAAUUGUACUUAUUGUUUAUACUACAAGGCAGAUAGCGACCAGAAAUUGUAAACAUUGUUCUAAAAGCCACAAUGCCUGAAAAACAUAUUUUUAAAUAAAUCCUUAUGUUUCCUCUUUUUUGGAACGCUAUCAAGGUAUCAGUGCUCAAAGUAAGAAGACGGGCCGCUCAACUGCCGAGAUGAGAGAAUCCAGGAGCAGAAACGAGGAAAACAGUGGAAAUAAGAUGGAAGUGCUACCUUUAGGUCAGUUAAUGCAUAUAGACUAUUCCAGCCAAUUCUGCUGAAUAUAGCUAAAUACAGCAUUAGAAAUCUCAUCCUGUCAUUUUUCACUGAACAAACACUGUCAAGGGUCAACUUUUCAAUCUCGUCAAAUUUUCUGCAGGGCUGAUUAAUCCAAGUCUGUUGUCAUAUGACACAAGGCUAAAACAUUUACAAGGGGAAGGGCUUUGCUGCCACAACAGUGAACAAUGAGGCUCCUUUGAAUGUUUUUAUGCUUGAUUUUAUAUGUUUAAAGAUUUUACAUUUUGAAUAUUUGGCCAUAUUUGCUUAGAAGCCUAGAGAACUUCAGUUAAAUUGUCCCAGGUGAUCCAGUGCUUAAUACCCCCUCUCUCGCCCCUUCUAAAAAAUGAUUACAUAUUACUGAUUCCAGGAUGGUUUUAUUAUUUUUUUUAAUAAUGUCCCUUACAGGAAUUCAAGCUGUGUGAGCAAUGUCCUAGUGCGAUGUCCUAGUGCUGAAAUCUGGGGCGCUGUGUUAUAGCAUUUAUGUGUGACUAGUAAAUAAAACGUUUUUUUUAAAAUAGCUGCGAGAAAAAAAGCAAAGACAAAAUUAAAAUAAAGUUUGAAUGUUUCAAAAUUAAAAUGCUCUGCCUGUGGGUGUUCUGGAUUUUUCGAAAUCUAUCAAUUCUCACCAUUGUCUACGUAAAGAAAAGAAACAAACCGCGAAAAAUGGGCGCUUUAUAAAUCAAGCGUCUGAUAUUUGUUUUCUUCACACUGUUUUAUUGCGGCAUGGAAAUAAGAACACGUGACACUAGCACCCAAGACAUAAAAUAAAGAGCGCAAUUAAAAAAUAUAUAUUUUGAUUUUAAUUUAUAUUAUAUCUUUUUUUUAAUGUUUCCAAAGGAAAACCCAAAAAUGCCAUAAAAAAGAGCCCGGUUUUUAGGAAACUGUCGUUUGAAUCCCCAUCACCAGAGAAAAAAGCGAGAAGCACGGGUGAGUAAAACUAAUGCAUUUUACAGGGAACCCACGAUCAUAUAAAAUUGAUUAUUCCCUGACAUAUUUACAUUAUAUUAUUUUUGCAUCCGGUAAAAUGAUAAAAUACCAUUUGUGUCUUGUUUCUCUCUCUUAGGGCCCGUUUAAUCUGGUAGAGACUCAUUUUGUGUUUAUUAUCAAUGCCUCUUACUAAUUAAACAAAGCUCUUAAAGGGACACUCCGAGCAUCAAUACACUAUUAAUGCAUUUCAUAGGCCUGGCCUCAUUAAUAUGCUGUGCUUUUUCCAGGCUCAAAUAUUUAUAAUUUUUGCUUAAAAAUAAAUAAAUGUUUAGCUCAAUUCUGCACUAUAAGUCUGCCUCUUUAGCUACACCCACUAAUGCCAGAAAGAUUUCCUUAUCAAAUGCAUGUACACAGAUCAGCCACUGACAGUACUACAAAACAAUCUGCAUUAGAAGGAGAGGACACCCAGAGAGAGAUAUUAAGGUUAUUACUACCGGUUAGUAGUUUCUCUGCAUGUCUGCAGCCAGGUUGUGAAUUAGAUGCAGUUCACUCAGUGCUGUUGGGGCUGAGACUGUGUACAUACAUUUGAUAAGGAAGUAUUUCUGGUAUGAGGGGGCGCGGCUAAGGAGGCCGGCUUAUAGUGCCGCGUUUUGAAUAACAUAUUUUUUUGUGCAAAAACUAUCAAGAGUUGAGAGUGGGGAAAAAAACAGCAUAUUAAUGAGACCAAAACCUUUCAAAUGCAUUAAAGUUUUUUUGGUGCCCGCAGUGUCCUUUUAAGUUCUUUCUGAAUAUGGCAUUAUAUACAAUUUAUGCCAUGCCUGGUGCAUGGGCAUAAAGACACGCUGGAUAUAGCUGUAGGGGAAGUAGGAAGAUGCCUACAGGUGCCUGUCUACUACCAUGACUCCAAAUGUGCAUUUUGUUUCCUUCUCCAAUGUAUUUUGAUAUUCGUUUUCAUUUUGCUACAUGGUUAUUGAAUUUGUUUAUUAUUUACGGGGGAAGAAAGUGGAUUAUCAUGUAGAACACAAAACAUGGCUAAAGUUCAGACUUUCUUACUCGGCAUCUUGACCAUUUCCCCCAAAUGUCUCAAAGUAAGAACCUGAUAAGUCCUGUUGCCAAAUAUAAUGGUGCUCAGUAAACAAGACAGAAUCCUACGGACACAUCAAUCAUUGUGCUGCCUCCUUGUGGCUUUUUGUGGAAUAUUACAAAGUUAUGUCAUUGCAUAGGAUUUAUUUAGUAUUAUACCUUGUAACUUGUGUGAUGGACGCCAAAAUAAUACUCUUCAGCACAAAAAAAUUCAUAUGAAAAAAAUACUAGUAUUUGGCAAAAACUGUUUAUCAAUCAAAAAGCUUUCAUAAACAAAUGUGUAUAGUCCACUGCAACCCUGACAGAUCUGCAAGUGGCAAGACAGGUUAGACGUAUUAUAGCUUAAUAACAUUAAAAUAUUAACAAUCUUUGCGAAUUAUUGUUUUAAAUAAAUUCAUGGAAAAAUUGUUGGUUGUUUAUUUAAUUUUUUUGCGCUGCUGUAAAGGAGAACAGACACUUCUCAGGAAUUAAACCAUUAAAUAAAUGACUGUGUUAACCCAGGGGUUCCCAAUAGGUAGAUCCCCAGAUGUUUUAAAACUACAGCUUCCAUGCUGCUUUGUCAUUCUAAAGGCAUUCUAAAAGUAUGCACAGCAUCAUGGGAGUUGUAGUUCUACAACAUCUGGAGAUCAUCCUUUUGGGCACCCCUAGGUUAACCUUUUAUGAGAUGUUCUUUUUUUCUUUUAAAUGUAUAUUAAAUAUUUAGCAGAUCACGUCAUAAUUCAGUGCAGACAAGGCACAGCCAGGGCACGCAAUGCAAAUAGAUUUAAAAAAAUGAUUUUUUUUUAAAAUCUCUCCUCUUCUUCCUAUGCUUUCUCUAUGCUGACUGCCAGGUACAAAGGACAAAGCUUAUAACAAUGACUGAUGGGUAGUCAUGGUAGAAGAGCCCAGUUAAAGGAUAAAGAAUUGUGAUGAUUCAUACCUUUAAUUUUAUUUGUGUCACCUCAAAAAUACAUAUUUGUGAAAUAUAGGGAUAAUGUAAACAUCAUAUUAAAAAUCUUGGCAAGUGAGCUGAAAUGCAACAAUAAUAUAAGCCUGAUUGUCAAGUCUCUUUUACGCAUGAAAGAAUAGCAUAUUUGAAUGGCUAAUGUGUUUUCUAAAAAGGCAAGUCUACUUUUAAGAUACCCCUGCUUAGAAAUGACAAAUUACCAUACGGUGCCGCAGGAUCAAGUUUAAAUAAUUGACAAACACAUUAUUUGCAUUUAAAACCACAGCCUUCUUCAAUGUCAGAGAUAUAUCGUUAAGUAAUAAUCCUGAAGGAAAUCUAUGAAACCAUCAAUGACCUUGUAUCUUGCCCAAAUGACCUUGAAGGACAAGGGUCAAAGUGCCAUUGUGGAAAUGAACACAUGAUCGGCUUUCUGAGUUUGUCCUAUAUUUUAAUGUCGUCUUCCUGUCAAGUUAUUGUUUCUACUGUUUAGUUAAUAGUGGAAAAAACAGAAGAAUGAGAAUUAAUCCAAUAAAAUUCAUGCAGUGUAAAUGGUCGUGAUCAUAUAAUAUAUUUUUUCCCCCUUCUUCGUCCAACUGCUUAAUAUGCGCAAAAUAUCAAAUUUAGACAUUUAAUGGAUGAUGUGAAAAAUGGUUUUCUUCUCCGCAGAGACCGGUCGCUAAGACCAUGGUCAGAUGAAACAUUUAUCAAGAUAACUGCCAGUGUCAAGAAGUCUUUAUUGGUCAUUAGUUUCUGUCAGCAGUGAUGUCAGGGCAUGACCACCGCUAAGAUAAAUGAAGGUUCAGAGGUCGGAGUCACCAUCCUACACUUUUUGAUGAAUUGAAGCGGAAUUGAAAAUUUGCUGCUGUUAACAAAAAAUUAAUUUGCAGUUGCUGAAACAUAAAAAUUCCAGAAAAAAAAUAUAGUUAGGGCCAAACCAAAUGUAAGAUUUUUAGACUAGAGAGAAAUGAUUGGAUUGACUGUGAGUCUUGGGUCAAUCAAACAGAGUCCGAUGUUUUAUCUUGGAAAUAAAGAACUUUCUGUAGACCGUGAAAAAGAAUAAGCAGGACUUCAUGGGUUAAAACAGAAUGAUUUUUGUAUAUCAUUGCAAUCAUUAAAUCAAUAGGAGAACGUCAGAUAGUUCUAGUUAGGUCAUUUACUGAAGCUGAAUAUUAUAUAGGAAGGUCAUUGGUUGGGUCACAAGUGAAGUCGAUUUGUCAUUUUCACCUGUUGUCCUAUUAGGUGUUUACAUGUGAAUGCACUUAAAGACUCAAGGGUUUAUUUACUAAACAGUGAAGAAUUAACAUGAACUACUUUGGCCUAAAUGUUGAAAAUCAAGUUUAAUUUCACUGAUACAUGUCAGCAUUUUUACCAUCAGAUCUCAUAGUGGUAAGAUUGUGAAAGGCAAGGAAGAACUUGAUGAAGAAAUUACCUUUUUUUUUGUUUUUAUUAUUUUUUAAUAAGUAUUUAUCCAGUUGCUGUUUAAACAUCUGUGCAGACUCUGAUAAAACCACCUCUUCAGGCAGAGAAUACCACAUUCUUAUUGUUCUUACUGAAGGAAAAAAUCUCUCCUUUGCCUUAGACGAAAUCUCAUUUCUUCCAUUCUUAAUGCGUGACCUUGUUUCCCAUGUAUUCUCCUGUUUAUGUAUAGAUUUCUAGACAAUGGCUUGUAUUGUCCCCUGAUUAUAUUUGUAUAGUGCUCUCAUAUCCCGUGUGGCGCUGUUUUUCUAAACUUAACAGGUUUAAAUUUGUUAACCUUUCUUCAAAUCUAAAAUCUUCCAUUCCCCUUAUUAAUUUUGUAGCUUCCCACUGUUAAAAAAUGCUGCAAACGGGGGCGGAGCCUGACACAGACCGGAGCGGUCGCACAUUGCCGGAGCUCCGGUACAAUCCACUGAAAUCUGCAGAAAUCGGGGAAAACCCGCAUCACAUACAGACUCCCAACCGAGUACUGACCUCGGAGACACACAGACACGCUGAUGCCGUUCCUCCUGACACCCGGCUCCAAAAAUAAACGCCGCGGCAGCAAGGCCUACAGAUCGGGAGGGCAACCUCAGGCCCUUUCGGGAACGCACUGGCCCUGGAACGUCCCAGACUUUGAGGACUGGUACCCCGACACACUGAGCGCAGGUGAGAUGGGCCGCAAGACGCAAAAAACGCCCCAAAAUACCGCAAAGCCCCAGCGCGAUAUAGGCCAAAUGCUACAGGCCUCAAACGCCAUGAAGGCCCAAACUCCUCGAGACACAUCCCCACAACCUUCAGAGGAAGGAGACACACAGGACAAUCCACACCCCAGUCCCCAACACCCGACACCCACAGGGACAUCGGACACUAGCGCACCGGCCUCCAAAAAUGACAUACAGGCAAUGCUAACAGGCCUACAGCAGAAUCUCAGACAAAUGUGGGAAGCAGAUCUAGCCAUACUCAAGCUAGACGUACACACGGUGUCAACGCGCACGCAAGCAAUCGAAGAAGAGGUCAAGGGACUGAGGGAGAAUUACCUAGCUCUAAGGGAGAAAGUGCGCAACUUGCACGCCUCACAACUGACAAUGGCUAGGCAAGUUAAUCUCUUGGAUGACAGAGGGCGCCGCAAAAAUAUUAAAAUUCGAGGGGUGUCGGAAUCAAUGCCACUGGACGAAUUACCGCAUUUCGCUAGACGCCUUGUGGCCACACUUUUACCAGCCAAACAGGCAAAAGCAUUCCAAUUCGACGGGAUCUAUCGUAUAGCUAAAUCCCCACAAGCACCCACCUCAGCUCCACGAGAUGUAAUCUUAAGAUGCCGCUCAAUGGCGGACAAAUUGGGGCUAAUGGCAGCAAUACAAGGGCUGACCCCACUCGACUUCGAAACAUGCAAAAUCUCCUUCUUUCAGGACCUGAGCAGAGCCACACUACAAUGGCGCAAGAGCAUGCACCCAAUCACCAAGCAACUCCAAACGGCUGGGAUAACCUAUAGGUGGGCGACCCCAGGAACUCUCUGGAUCACUAAAGGCGACAAGCACUUCAAGGCCACCGAACCCACAGAAGGCCCAGCACUGAUGACUGCCCUGGGACUACCGAAUCCCACAGAAAACUUGGGGACACCACUAGACCCUCAGCCUGGAACUUCCGAAGCUGAAACAGCCGUGACUCCUGGAAGAGGCAGAGAUGCCAAACCCAAGACCUGAGGGACAUACUUAAGCCGACAGCCGACUAGGCUUCAGUUCGCACAUUCAGUUCAAAUGUUCUGUGUAGCUAACCCUGACUCUUAAACUAUAUAUAGUUCUCUGUUUUUUCUCGUUCUGACAAUUAUUGCAGCACGACCGAGGCUCACUAGAUCCAACCAUUUAUGCUCCGACGACACCUCCCCCCCCCCCUCUCCCUGGGGUUAUAGGGAACCGAUAUCGAGGGCGAUAUAAUAAACCGGACUGGCAUCAGGCACAUCCACUAGGUUGAUAACCAUAGCCUGGAACCACACGGGUCCGACCUGAUCCUGCCAUAUUACAGCGACCUAUAAUCGUCUGGACACACUAGCCAUAGCUAUGAACUGUUUUAGCGACUACACGCAGCCACCACUAGACUGAAGGGACACCCUACGACUCAUAAACCCACAUCCUCGGGACAAAGGGCGAGACGUUAGACACAAUACCCAGAUUUAGUCAUUCCCACCCUGUUCCCGCAGCUCACGACCCUACAAUACAAGGGGCGAUAUUGACAGAUAGGUACCCUCUAUCAUCACGAUUACCCGACUUACAUCACUCGUUAUAACAUUGAGACCAAUUGUAUCUAUAAAAUGUUUGUGAAACGAUCCUAGACAUUUAUUUACAUGAUAUUCACUGUUUUGAUGUGUAAAGACUAUUGUGGCCUUACACAUAUGUUUGCCAUUUUCACGGACGAAAAAUAAAGAUUUAUAAAAAAAAAAAAAUGCUGCAAUACUCCAUUAUUUUACCCUUACUGGACUAAUAUGAUGAUGCAAAAAGCUAGCCAGAAAGAGAUUAUAUUCGUGGUUCGUGCCAGUUUCUGAUUGACGAUGUGCUAUGUCAUGCUUUGCAAGCUAUCCACCAGUGUUCUGUAUAAAUCUAUUCUUUGGGCUAUAGCAGUGAAUGACAUGAAAUCUGUUUUGAGCUAAGAGCUAUUUUUUUUUUUAUUCCUCCAAGAAUCUUCAUUUAAGAUAUCAAAUAGAAUCUAGCGGCAGUUCUGAGCAGAGAGUGAACAACAACUUGACUUGGGAGCAGCAGUUUAUAAUUCACCUAGACACUUAAACAAGUCAUAGAUCAUCAACUGUUACCCUAAAAACUAGUGGAGCAUCAUGGGAACUGUAGUUAACCGACAUUAGCAGUACCGGUUUUAGCCAUCACUACUUAAUCUCCAAGCUGAUUUGUAGCAGAUAAAGUUUUUCUAUACCUUUCUGUUUGUGUCUUUAUUUUAUUAAUGGUUCUGGAGAAUUUAUCCUACUAUUAUAACAUUGCCAGGAAUAGAAACAUUGUGUGUGUUUCCAGAUCUAUACGGAGCGUCGGCAUGGAGGGAGGGACAAAAGCUUGUGAAGAAGUUACUCGGCCCAAGUCCAGUUGUGUCGAAAAUGCUGCGUGUGUCUCAAGAAGAUGGUGGGGCUACCAUGAGAGCAGGUACUUUGUUACCUUGUGCGCACCAGGGAUUCCUUCUGGGCUUUUUGUGUUGUAUGUUAUCUUUUAUAACCCAAUGUCACGACUAGUAGUGUGGUCCAGCACGCAGAAACUAUGUAAACAUAUACAUAAGAAGGAAAAGGAAAAUAAAAGGACAGAGCGUAAACCAGACGUUAGAAUGGCCGGACUAAUACGCUAGAGACAGAGAAUGGUCAAAGGGAAAGCCGAGGUCAAGGAAGCCAGAAAAUACACAAUACCGUUUACACAAGCCAAGUCAGGGAAACCAGAAUUCAGAAUAACCAGGGAAAAGCCAAUAUCAGGAUACCAGGAAAUCAGAUUCACAAUGAUAAAGCACUCUCAGGAAACCAGGAACAGGAAACCACGACAGGGCAAGGUACUGGGGAGAGCUAGGGAUUUAAAUAUCACUCUCUAUGUUCUAAUUGGUCAGAGGGCGACCUCUGACCCCAAAACGUGCGUGUGUGUUGACGUCGUGACGUCACGCGCACGUUAGUAUAAUUUUCGGGCCAGCGCCAUCUUUGAUUUGGGCGCGACGCCCGGAAGACCUGGGGGAACGGUUGCCAUGCGGCGGACGGGCAACCGCAGCACCCAAGCAAUUCACCGCAUUCCAAGCUACUUUGUAGAGAGCUAAAAACUAAACGUACUCAGUAGAUAUAGAAGGCAUACAAGAGAUUCUGGAUCUAAAUUUAAGAUUAACUACAAGUGCGGAUCCUGUGUUGUCAGCUUUCGUUCCAGACUCUUUGACUUUGCAAAAUCAUCAUUAGCGGUCUGCUUUUGUCCUCAAUUUCAGUCUCACCAAUUGGUCUGAACUUGCAAUGGUACCAGUUGACGUCUGUGUUUGUCUUUUCAUAUUUUAUCAAAUUGCAGUGUUCUCAUUAGCAGUCUGAUUUUGCUCUGGUCUUUCUCACCUUGAAAUGUCAUGAUGCCUGCUUUUAUUCCAGUCUAUACAAAAAAACAAAAGAAAAAAGUUACUCACAAGCUAUCACAAAUCCCCAUCCACAUUUAAAGGGACACUAUAGUCACCCAGACCACUUCAGCUCAAUGAAGUGGUCUGGGUGUCAGGUCCCUCUAGGGUUAACCCUGCCUGAUGUAAACAUAGCAGUUUCUGAGAUCUGGGGUUAAGCCAGCCUCUAGUGGCUGUCUUCCGGAGAGCCACUAGAGGCGCAUCGGCAAUGAUCGAGGCAUAUUAUGCCUCAAUCACGCAGAGAGUCCAUAGGAAAGCAUUGAAAAAUGCUUUCCAUGGACACUUUGAAUGUGCGCGCAUGCACAUUCGGCGUCGGUGAUGUCAGACAAGUCGGCGGGGGAGGAGAGGUAAGGGAGCCCGGCGGGGGAAAAGGGUGAGUAGCUGAAGGGGUUUUAACCACAUCCGCGCCAUGGGAGGGGGACCCUGAGGGUGGGGGCACCCUCAGGGUACUAUAGUGUCCCUUUAAUAACUGGCUUUUUUUUUAACUAUCACUCCAAUGGGCAUUGAAGUGUAAGCUCACCUGCCAAAAUGUAUUGGGACUAAUGUGUUUGACAGUAAUUGCUGCCACCGGGUUUAGUUUUGUAUGUUUUUAUUGAAGUCUGUCGAAAUGCAGUGUAACUAUUUUCUAUGGCACACAAACACACAAAUGUUAUUAAAUUGCAUUUUUAUUUUCUUUUUAGGAAGCUGCAAAAGUACAAGUCAGAAAACGCUAUUACCGUCAGAUGCUCCUGUUAGUCAUCUGAAUACUAAAACGUUCACCCAAGCCUGUAGGAAGCCUGGACAUUCCGCAGAUAUAAACCUGCACAGCUCUACACCUGAAGCCCUACAACGAGUACCAGGGAUGAGAGUCUUAGACAGAGGCAGAGGAGUGGAUCUGCCAAAAAGUGAAGCUGGGGUCCUUCAACAUGUAGCCAGGAGGUCAGGAAGUACAACCCCUAAAAGAUCUCUCACAGAUUUAGUCAGCUUGGCACAGAAUCCUAAGAAGGAAAAUGUAGCACAAGGAGACGAGAAGCAGGGAAGAAAACACAAGAUUCGAAGCUACAGUGUCGAGGAGGUGCGGGACUUCAUGAAGAAAAAGAAUAUGGAGAGGCUGACGAGAGAGCGAGAAGCCCAGAGUUUGUUACAAAAUGCUGCGCAGUUGCGACAGAAAAGAUUGCAAGCUGUCUUCAAGAAGCAAAAAGAUGCUUUUCCCUUCAGGAGUGACCCCAAAGCACGGAUCAAGUACCCCCAAAGAAAGCAUUGUGUAAGACAUAAAUGUUAAUGUUAUUAUGAUACCACUAAACAUAUUAUUUAAUUACCUGAAAAUCUAAAGUUGUAGUUUAAGAUGCUGUCUGCCCCUGUUUUACUUCUUGUAUCUGCACACCUUUCCUUUCACACUUUUUUGGACCACGUAGGGUCUGUGUACCAUAGUGGGAAACCACUGAAAUGGAGCCACAGACUAUUCUUUACGUGGUUUGUCAUAUGAGAUUGUUCUCGGUUGAGUUCCUUUCUGGGUGGUUGGUAAAAUCCCCAAAUAACUUACCUGGAACUUUUAGUUUGUGUGAAAUUUGUAGCAAUAACUUUAAGAAAAUAUACCACAAAUAACCUGUUUUGGAAGAAUUCAGCGUAUAUAAACACAUUUUUAUACAAUGCAAUUCAUUUUUAGAGAUUAUGCAAGCCAUUAAUAUAUUAUAUUCUCUUUUUUGUCAUAUUUAACCAGGAAAUUUCUGAGGUAUUUUAAUUAAGUUUGAGCCUCAUGUUACUUUCCGUGGAAGCUCUGUGAGGACCCAAAACUAGCUCUGGGUCUACAGGACCCAUAGAGCGAUCACGUUCAUCAAAGAUUUAUUCACAAGUUUUUUCAUGAAAAAAUAAACAAUUAAUGAAACCUACAAAAGUAAUAGUAAAUAAAAAAAAAUAGGAACUAAAUUAAUCAACUGUCAGAUGAUUUCUCCUAAUUUGCAGAAGCAGCUUCAUUCAUUUUUCUCAUGAAUGAAACUUCCCGCAAACUAGACUAUUUGGCCCGUGUGAACCUGCUGUACGUAGUACAUAGCCUCUGUGCAGCAAUGGUUUAUGGGAUUGCACACCUGCAUUUUUUAUCAUUCUGUGUCCCACCACUUUGUCCUGCAAGUUAUAGACUGCUAGUUGUUUAGUUGCAAAUGUUUUUUGCAAACUUAUUACUAUUAUUAUUAUUUAAACUAAAACAUGUAAAUGGCACGAUGGAAAAUAUAGCAAAACAAUAUCAGCAGGUCUUUUGUGCACAAUGUUCUGUGUGUUUUGUCUACUCACUAAUCAGAAUAUGAAUCGUCUUGCAGGAAACAACGUGUCUCGGAAGUGAUGAAAAAGGCUAUCCUGAAUGGGUUCACUUAAAAUCAUUGGCUCUUCUUAAAGAAGUAGAUCAGAGCAGGUAAGUCCCCCUCAUCUAGAUUUAAAAAAAAAACCUCAAAAUAAUGUCAGUAGAUAAAUUGGUGAACAUUUUUCUUAAACAGUUUAUGGCUUACACAGUUGCAAGUUAUGAAAACAUUUUAGAAAAAAUAGUGCAGGUAGGUAGGUAGGUAAGUACUGGUAGGUUAGGAUUAGUGAUGUCCUGAACGGUUCGCCGAACGGUUCGCCGCGGACGGCGAACAAAUGCGCUGUUCGGUCCGCCCCCUAUUCGUCAUCAUUGAGUAAACUUUUACCCUGUCCCUCACAGUCAGCAGACACAUUCCAGCCAAUCAGCAGCAGACCCUCCCUCCCAGACCCUCCCACCUCCUGGACAGCUCACUAAGAAUGCAGCUUCACAAUGGAUGCUGUCCAGGAGGAGGGAGGGUCUGGGAGGGAGGGUCUGCUGCUGAUUGGCUGGAAUGUGUCUGCUGACUGUGAGGUACAGGGUCAAAGUUUACUCAAUGAUGACGAAUAGGGGGCGGACCGAACAGCGCAUAUGUUCGGCGAACCGUUCGGGACAUCACUAGUUAGGAUAUAGAGGAGAUACAGUUUGUUUUACGAACAAAUGUGAUCAGAGUCAGCUUCACUAGACCCCCGAAUUAUUCUUCGAAACUGGACUGUUGCCCACCCUAAAGAUGGUUAGAGGAAACACAGUUUGCUUUACCAAAAGGAACUAUAAAAGGUUCAUUUGAAAUUAGACAUCACACAAUCUCGUAAUAUCAUUGAGAAAACGUAUGAUAUCUCCUGUUCUUUCAAAACUUACGUCUAUAAUACAAAAGAUAACUCAACUGCCUCAAUAAAAAAUUAAAUGACCAAUUAUAACUCAGCUGUGGUCUGCUGGAAAAGCAAGAUGAAGGCUGUCAGCCUCAAUCUCUUGAAUGCAUUCAUAUUUAUCAGAUGUUUCCUGCUGGUGGGAGGAGGUAAUGCACGUUUACACAGGAAAUUAGUCCCUAAAUUAGUGUUUGGUUUCAACAUCGCAGUAAAGCAUUGACUUUACCAUUAAUCCACCUUGCUCCAUCUUCGAAUACCAACUGUUUGGCAGUCACACAGGUGAUGAUGUAUAAGGCACAUUUUCAUGAUGACUCUGUGAGGGUUGAUGAGCUAGAUAGGUUAAAUGUCCACCAGCCGUGGUCCCCAGGGACCCUCAAAUAAUCAACAGUUGACUAUAUGAAAUUCUGCAGAUAUAAUUUCUUUUUACAUUGACUUUUCAUAUUGUAUUUUAGCAGAAAAGGCACCACCCAUGCAAAUAAGGAGCCUAUCCAAGAUGAACAGUCUAGUCCACUCAAACUUCAAGAUUUGGAUACGUUUAGCAUGACAUUAAAAAAGCAGAUUGCAGAGAUCUCCUCAAAAAAUGAUGGCAAAUACGAUUCUUCACCACCAAACAGAGACCCAUCCCUGUCUCCAUAUCGAGAUAACCAAGACCGUAUGAAGGCUAUUUGGGCUGUGGCCAAAGAGCUGGGGGAGAGGAUUGAAGUGGAAGCAAGUAGGCUAGGAGCAAAACAAAUACCCCAAGAUUCCAGUAGUAAUCCAGUUCCAAUACACCACACCUCGCCAGCGAAGGUCAGCCCAACUGGCUCGCCAAACUACAGGAUCUCCAGGAUCUCACCAGAGCUGUCUUCCAUUAGACAUGGAAAAGCUGCCCAACCCGAGACUGAGAGAAGAAGAAAUUUAGAAAAAUGGAGAGUGAGUGAUAGCAGCCUUGGUACCUAUACCAUAAGCACAACUUCCAGAAAUGAUAAUUUGCCACAGACGUCUGGUCAUGUUGGAAGCGACACCAUGAUGGAGAAGGUGAUGGACAGGGAAUAUUACAUUAACAAAGGUAUUGGUAAUAAUACACAUUAAUUGGUUCAUGAGAAAGCUAAUUUAGAUCUAUCAAUGUGAUGUCUACUAAAUAGAGAGUGAUACAUUAAUCUGAUUAGGGUCUCGUUAACCAACAUUGAAAGUUUGCAUACUCAUUUUUUUUUCAAAGAUAUGGAAUGCAAGUUUUAUUUCAAAAUAUGUAAGUUGGAAAAAAUGUCCAAAUUCUGCUAUUUUUCCAUAUUUUCCAAAGCUUGGAAUAAGUGAAUAAGUAUUUAGCCCAAAUUACUCAACGCAUGUGGCACCAUUAAAAUAUGCCUCUAUUCCCAUUGGCCUGGCGUGUCUUUUAGGAACACUGGCUCUGCUAGUGACCCAUCAAUUGCAACAUUUUUGAUCAUUGCCAUAACCUUAAUAUGCAAAACGUUUUAUAUAACCAAUAUGUUUUUUUUUUUUUUUUUAAUUUUGCAUAUUCACAUGCCAGUACAAAAUACAACAAAUUAAUAAACAAAGCAAGUUUGACCAAGUGCCUUAACUAUAUAAUGAGCAUUUACUGUACUUUUUAAGGGUACACCGAUCGCAAAAGGUCUCCAACCAAUAAGAGACAUCAGGACAAGAAGACUCGAAAAGAUAGCCCCAUCCGCCAAUCCUCAAGCACAAGGUAAAAAAUGCUCCGGGAUGCAGGUUAACUUACUGUUAACCUUAAUGUUAACCUGACUGUAGUUAACACGUGGCAUGACCCAAGAUUGAUCAUCUGUAAAUGCUGGCAGUUCAACAUUUGCCCACUUGGGAGCAGUGUUACACAGCUCUUCAGCGGACCAGGGCUCUUUUUAAGGGUUUGCCUGUUGACAUUUACUGACGUUUGCUUUGGUUUUUUUUGGGGGUUUCUUCUUAUUUAUUUAUUUAUUAUUGCUAUUUAUAAAGCGCACACAGAUUCCGCAGCGCUGAUUCUUCAUAGAAUGUUCUUUGUUGCUUUCAUUUAAAUAAUAGAGCUAUGUUUUAGAUAUGAUUUAAAUAGGGAAGAUAAAUAAAUAUUUGCGCAUAUAUGAAAUCUUUUCAAAAUUCUGGUGAAUUUUUUUUAUAAAUAAUAAAAUAUAAAAAUCUGGGCCCUGCUCUAAAAAAAAUGCCUACCGUUUUGUUAUAUUCUACCUGGGCGUAUUAUAGCAUGACUACGACUGAUACCAUAACACAGCGUAAGUUGUGAUACAGGCAGCUAUAAAACAUAUAUUAAGCACAAUUCAUUCAGGUGUACACCCAGAAAAAAAUACUUUCUGGUUCUUAAUUUAAUAUAAUAACGUAAACAUUUUAGGAGAAAAUACUGUUUUACGCUAGUGAAAAAUUAGGUGUAUCCAGUGACAAUCACAAAGUUUUCUUCAAAAAAAUAAUACACUACCCAAAACUAAUUUCAAGUGCCCAUAUAGAACUAAGCAGGGAGCUGGGAGAACAUUUUGUGCCCAAUCCUAGUUCUAACAUUGUCCUUAAGGUAAGCACUGGAGGCCCUAUUGUCACUCUGGACAUCUCGCCAACCUAUAAUUCACUGCGUGCGUUGGAACAUAAUAUAUUCACUGUAAAAUCUUCUUAACACUGACAUGUACGCAAAACCACGGGGAUAUCUUACAGAUUGCCAAUGAUAGACAAUGUAUCUGUGGAUAUUCUUGGAUUUGUAAGAUCUUUUUUUAUUUAGUGGAUUUUAUGAUAUAGUUAUGUUUGUUGUAGUAACGCACCUUGUUUGCCUCGUAUACAAUUUGUUGUGUUUUUUUUUUUUGCUUCUUCUAUCAAAGCAUAUGGUUUCCCUAGUGGAUCCAUCAAGAAUUGGUUAUUUGAAUAAUAUAAGCACGUAGUUUAAAUCUUUUCUGAUCUCCUUUUCUCGUGGGGAUUAGAGUGAUUUAACCUGUGGCAUGGCAAAGAUUAAUUUAGAGUAAUUGUUUUGCCUCAUCUUCUGUCUUAUAUAAAUAUGAUUGCUGCAGAAUCUGUCACUAAGAUGUAUUGUUAAGUAAUGGGUUCGGCUGAUUUUGGUUCUCCAAGUAACAAUACAUUUGCAAAUCUAAGUAUGUGUGUCCUUGAUAUGGUGUCUUGUCUACAAAAAUAGAAUAUUACAAAAUAUAUAUUUUUUUAAAGUGCAAAAAAACAAUAUGUACAUAUAAUCCUAAAAUGUUAACAUGUGACAGUACUGCACAUGACGUGCGCAAAAAAACCCAAAAACUACAUAAAUAAAAAUUGUAGAGAAAAAAAGAGAAAAGACAAGACAAGAAAAGGUUGCACCAAUACAGACUAUAGUAGAUAUGAUAGUAAACAAAAAAAGUCCAAAGUUCAAUGGUAAAUCCGAAGAUAAACCUUAAAAAAAGAGAGUCCUUAAUUAUGCCAGAUGGACAGCCGACGGCCUAUAUGGGGACGACUUCUUUGGAUCCAUAUGUGGAGAGAGGAGAAAAUAAUGGUGCAAUACGUCUGGUACAGAAGGUAAAUAUUUGGACAAUAGGGUCUAUGGUAGUCCUACUCACAUGUGGUAAAGCUUGAACUACCUCUAGUAUGUAUGACAUACAGCGGUACAAUCCUCGCAUAUAGGACACGUGGAGAGGUAUAGAUAUCUUUGGAUCCGUACGUGGAGAGAGGAGAAAAUAAUGGUGCAAUAGGUCUACUACAGAAGGUAAAUAUUUGGACAAUAGGGUCUAUUAUACUCCUACUCACGUGUAGUAGAGCUUGAACUAGCUCUAGUAUGAAUGGCAUACAGUGGUACUGUCAUAGACAAAAGGUACAUAAAGGGUUUGGUACAAAAGCCUUUGGCUUAGUUAAGUUCUUCCACGUCUGCAGGGGUUAAAAGCUAAAUAGUUUUGUCUGCAGUUUCUGCAGAUGGUUUUUCUGUUACUCAUGAAAUGUUACAGUUUGCUUUAACCUUGCAUAGUUUAGAUAACACUUUAAAGUAAUACACAAGAUCCAGCGCACUCACCUAUCCACUAAACAGCAACUUCAAUGUUGACAGAUUUUAUUAGUUUUUUGUUUUUUUUAAAAAACACCUAAUCUAGGCAAAAAUAAUGGGGGUUUAGUUACAUUAUAUGAUCAUACAUUGCAUAAGCCUGCCACAGCGUCAAUGUACCCCAUCUUUGGCAGGUCCUACUCUAACAGCCUAAAGUCUGCUCUUAUGAGAUUAACCCACUUACUGGGGGAAAACAUUCCAUCUGGGGCUCUCUGCAGUUCAAGGCUAAAUAGGGUCCUGGGAUGAGGCACAUGUGACAGGGAGGGGUGCAAAACCAAGGAGUUGGCUAGACUCCCAAAUAUAAAUAUAUGAAACAGCACCCCAUUUAUGCAUGUUCAGGUGAGUGCAGCCACCACCCCCUUGUUUCAACACUUUCAAGUAAGUCAUUGUUGCUUUGACACAUGCGUAGUAGACUAAUGCCACUUUAUAUAUGCAACACUCUCGCAGUUAAAUGAUGAGAUGAUUUUGAACCACAAACGGAGUCUGUGGUUUUAUUAUCGGUUCUCCCGAGCGCUCGUAUAUCUUAUUAGGAAGCUCUGGUUAUCCUUUGGAUGAUUUAUCCAUCAUAAAUUUCUAUAUCAAUACAAUCCCCGCUUAUAAGAUACGUGGAGAGGUGUAGAUAUCGUAUCAAUGUGUAGACCAUAGAAAGGGUUAGUGUUAUCUAAACUAUGCAAGGUUAAAGCAAACUGUAAUAUUUCAUGAGUAACAGAAAAACCAUCUGCAGAAACUGCAGACAAAACUAUUUAGCUUUUAACCCCUGCAGACGUGGAAGAACUUAACUAAGGCAAAGGCUGUAACCCUUUAUGUACCUUUUGUCUAUGACAGUACCACUGUAUGCCAUUCAUACUAGAACUAGUUCAAGCUCUACUACACGUGAGUAGGAGUAUAAUAGACCCUAUUGUCCAAAUAUUUACCUUCUGUACUAGACGUAUUGCACCAUUAUUUUUUGCUCUCUCCACGUACGGAUCCAAAGAUAUCUAUACCUCUCCACGUGUCCUAUAAGCGUGGAUUGUACCGCUGUGCUAAACACUUGAAAACCCGUAUUGUGGGAUUUGACUUAGUAUUUGGGUACAUGGGGAGUUUAGGAUCAUUGAGUUAAGGGUUGCGUUAGAGAUAUAUUAAGUACUGGGAUACAUGGGGUGUUUUACAAGGUGUUAUACCUAAGGUUAAGUUAAAAAGGGUUUUCAGGUUUAGGCUGUGAGUUCUUACAUUUUGGAAAUAAGGAAAUGGUUUGUUUAGGCUUGGGGGGAAGUAAUCAAUUAGGGAAAAGGGUAUUUAGGACAUGGGGAGUUUGAAGGGUUAUUUCCAAAGUACUCACCCUCCUAUAUCUUUUGUAGUCAUGCCUCUUAUGCUUGAUACCGGAGAUGCAGACGUUGCUAUACAGUGUGCAUCACUCAAUGCUGUCCCUGCUCCUCAUGUAGGGCUUUUCCUGUGUGAAAGGCUGUUAGUGGGCAGAUAUGAAGUGAUCUAUUCCACUUCCUGUCCAGCCUCACAUACAGACACUGGAGGAGCUGGGACGGCUACAGCACCUCUGCUAUCAAGCAUAGGGGCUGACACGCUACAGAGGACACUGGCCAAGGCUCCUGGUACUUAUCUCAUCCGACCAGCCUAUUUAAUCCCAUAAAUGCACAAUAUAAGUGCUGGAAACAGGCACCUCCUUGAGGACAUGCGCCUGUAGGCAGGUGCCUACUGUGCCAAAUGAAAAACAGGGCCUGAUAAAUGUAUAUGAUAUGAUUUUAGUAAGUGCGAAAGUCAAUAAUUCCAGGGUUGUAAGGGACAAUUGUCCUGUUUUUUUUGUCCACUCAAUGUAGCCCUUCUUAUCACUGUAAUAAUGUUUUGUUUUAGGUCCAGAGACUUCAGAAUUUGUUCAUGAAUUAAAAUGUCACAAACUAAAUACCAGUAAACCAAAAUGUAAAACUAAUUAAAGUAAAUUGAAAAGAAGUUCUGACUAAUGACCAAGAUCAUUUCCUCAACAGUCCGCAGAUAAUUCCAACGAAAUUGGAACCCAGCUGGCAUUCAGAAAAAAUAACAGGAACAGAGUUUAUAAGUCCGAAAUUGGAUCGGAAAAAUUCACGCACUCUGAGAAAAGUUAACAAGGGUAAGAAAUGUAAAUGAUAAAUUACAUGAAAACAUUAAAUAUUGCAAUUUUUGCUUUAGACAAAAAUAGCUGAUUUAGAAAAGUUAUCUAACUCUGCUAAGUCACAGUUUAUAUUGAUAUUUAACUUGAGAGUAAAGAAGUUCUGUACAAUAUUUAUAUAUUUGGUGAACAAAAUGUAAUUAUGAGUGCAUAUGGCAAAGUCUCCAGUAAAUUCAGAUUGAUGCGUUACGCAUGGAGCUAUCACUGGGUACGCUGGUUGGUCUUUAGAGUUUCGGGAUAUAAUAAAUGUCCAUGUGUCAUGUACUCAUCUGGCAUUGAUAAAGGUAAACAAGCAGAUCGGAUGAAAAACAAUGAUUAAAAACAACAAAACUUUUCCUUAAAUGAAAAUACUAGAUUUGUGCUUUUGAAUUACAAUUAGUCCAAAUUUAGGCCAUCGUCUGAGACGCCAAACAGUAUAUAGCUGAGCAAACAACUAGCUCGAUGGCCGAAAAUGCUAGUUCAAUUCAGUAUUCGGAGUUCCGCCCAAGGCACCAAAAAAAAAAGAGAAUUAUUGUUUAGGGAACAGGCACUAAAUGUUGACUUUAUUUACAAGUGAGAAAAAGUAAACAAUAGCUGGGAAAAAAGAAGAAGCGUUAUAAAAUUCUAUAUCUAUAUAUUAUAUAUAAUACAAAACAAUUUAAUAUACAUUUCUAACUGCUUCUCUUCUUUUCCCUAUAUUGGUAACUUUUUUUCACUUAAUUUGUGAACCGAAGUUGUAUUAUGUAUUUAUCAUCAGAAUCAUUUCCCCAAACAUUUUCUGGGACAAUAUUUGGAUGAGCUGAACCGUCAACUAAAUGAGUGUUUAAGGUCCCAAACUAAAUUUAAUUUUGGAAAAAAUGGCUCUGCUGAACCAAAUAUUUCUGCUGUGUCCAAGUCUAGAAAGUACCUGCAUAACACUUGCUCCCCGUUCCCUUGAAAUUCUGUGGAUUUGUAUAGCUGCUGAAUUUAAAAAGCACUCUCUUGUUUUAUUUUUCAAAUAUGGAAAUGUCUUAUUUAUUCAAUGAAAUAUAUAAAAGGCAGAAAAUACCGUUAACGUAGCAUCAUUUGUCGUAAUAGUAAAAGCUAGUAAAUAAUGGAGUCUACGAUCGCACUAAAUCUGUGCUAAGCAUUCUUAAUAAAAUGUAUGACCUCCGAAGAGAGCUGCUAAUUGCAUAUUCACUUGAUCCCCUUUAUUAACCAUAAAACUAUUUACAAGCUAUUUGAAGCAUAAUGUCUACAUUAGUAUAAAAUACAGCAAGGUGGCCGCAAAGCUUUCAUGGCGACGUAAUCUCAUGUUAUAAGAGCGCGGAUACAAUGUGAUUUUGUUGGAGUCAGUAAGUAGGAGAUGCUGUUUAGUUUUAAGCUGAUUAUUGAAUCUCCGGGCCUUAUUUCAGGCUAAAAAAAUAAAAAUAAGCUGUAAUCUUCAAUUUAUUUAAAUAUAAUAAACAUAAAUAUAUUUUCUCCAAAUGUUAGGGUGUAAAGUAUCAACGAACUGCGCUCACAGUAACGUCUCACAUACUAACGACAAAACAAUAAAAAUAAACAGUCCCAAGCUGGAAGGAUAUCAGAAUGUGUUGGAAAACCAAGAAUAAGACUAGACUGUAUCAUACAUUUGCAAUACAGCUCUCCAGGAAGGUUUUCUAUAAUGAUGUUUUAAAAUUGAAUGACAAAUUCUUUUUAAUUUGUGUUCGCUCAAAUUGGAAUCUGCAGAUACAACCUCAGCAUUCUUACAUUACAAAUAAAUAUAUACAAUUUAAACCUUAGACUGUUACAUUAUUAGUUACAUUUUUCCGCUGAUUACAUUACAUUGAGGUUUUAUUGCACGUGAGAAAAUGUGAUGUUUGUGAUGUACUUUGUUUAAAUUUUUUUUUUUAGAUAAGAGGGAAAAAAUAUAUAUUUUAUCUCCUGCAGAGGAAGGAUUGACCAGUGUACAUGAUUUACCGCAAACCAAGACGGACAUAGUGCAGACUUUGAAGGUAAACGUCGUUAACACUGUACAUUGUAUCUCAUUUGCCAACCUGCUAACUACAGUGAGCAUCACAGGAGAUAAGUGAUUGCAUUCUAAAAUGUAAACAUGCAGACUUAGCCCUCUGUCAGACUACAUUUCACAUAAUUUUCUGCCAGCCAUCAAUUGGACAACUUUGGUCUUGUGGGUGUUAGGGUGCAGGAGAGACAUGAGGUUAAACAAUACAUUUAUUCAUUUAGGAAUUCCUCCUCAGAUUUAGUAAAUACCGACAGGUGAAUCCUUAAAGGGACACUAUAGUCACCAGAACAACUACAGCUUAUUGAAUUUGCAUAAUCAUUCCCCUCCGGCUUUUUUGCAGUAAACACUGUGUGUUUAGAUUACAGCUUAGGGCAGGGAUAGGCAACCUUCGCCACUCCAGAUGUUGUGGACUACAUCCCUCAUAAUGCUCUUACACCCAUAUUGCUGGCAAAGCAUCAUGGGAGGUGUAGUCCAAAACAUCUGUAGUGCCAAAGGUUGCCUAUGCCUAGCCUAGUGAUACCUCCACUGGCCACUCCUCAGAUGGCUGCUAGAGGGGCUUCCUAAAGCAGUGCUCUAGUGUGUGACUGUCAUUCAUGGAGUCACUGAACUUUCCUCAUAGAGAUGAUUUGAUUUAAUUCAUCUCUCUGUGUAGAUGCUGAUUGGCCAGGGAUGAAUUUGGCUUGUGCUGGCUCUGCCCCUGAUCUGCCUACUUGACAGUCUCAGCCCAUUCUAUGGGAAAGCAUUGUAAUUGGCUGACAUCACCACUUAGAUGAUGUCAGCCAAGCAGGCAGAUCAGGGGCAGAGCCAGCAGCAGACUGGAAUAAAGGUAACAUUUUACUAUAUUUAGGGGGACGAGGAGAGAGCCAGGGGCCUUGAUAGUGUUUUUAAAACUUUAGGGCAAGGAAUACGUUUGUGGUCCUGACGCUAUAAUGUUCCUUUAAAGGGAUUUAAAGAUCUAAUGGUGCAUAAACUAUCUUCAAAUCAGAAUAUCUUUUAUUCAGCAUUUUCUAACCUGUAUCACAGCACAAUGUAUAGAUUAUUGUUAUACCUACAUGUAAGGAACUCUGUCACCCACAAGUUUUAUUGCUGAUAGGGUCCCUUUAAACCACACAGUGCUAUUCAUGAUACUUUGACUAAAUGACUUCUCUCCUAUGAAAUCAAGGCGCAGAUCACCCAACAGAAAGAGGAGCUUGCAAUCCUGCGGGAGAAAGCCAAGGUUGAAGCUGAAGAGGCGGAGAGAUGUAUGGAGGAAAUGAUGAAAUACAGAGCAGCCUGGGUAAUGCAUCUCCCAUCUCCUGCACUUCACACUGACAGCUUAUUCAAUAAAGUUAGAAUUGACGUGAGUUCAAAGGGAAUUCAAAAUGAAUUUAAAAUUUCAGACCGACAGAGAUGAAACAUCCAAGUCAGUUGUGCUUCCAGUUCUGUUAUUGUGUUAUCGUAAUUAAGAAGUUUGGGUGUAUACAUAAUGUCCAUGCAGUCGCAAUUCUCUGCCAUUUAGGAGUUAAAUCACUUUGUUUCUGUUUAUGCAGCCCUAGCCACACCUCCACUGGCUAUGAUUGACACAGCCUGCAGGAAAAAAAAAUGGUUUCAUUUUUAAUCAGAUGUGACUUACUUUAAAAGUUGUUAUCUCCUGCUCUGUGAAUUGAAGUUUAAUCCCAUACUGGAGGAUCCUCCAAGGUCUAGAAAGCUAUUAACAGUGCAGGAGAUAAAAAAAAUUAUAAAUUAAACAGAAUUUACAAUAAAAUAAGUGUUAACAUUAGAUGACAGGAAGUGUUUAGGAAGGCUGUACUAGUCACAUGCAGGGAGGUGUGACUAGGGCUGUAUAAACAAAGUGAUUGAACUCAUAAAUGGCAGAUAAUGGAGCAACGAGACUACAGGGACAUGAUCUAUACACCAAAACUGCUUCACUAAGCUAAAGUUGUAUUGAUGACUAUAGUGUCCCUUUAAACUUGAAAUUCACUUUGAAUUCCCGACAAUUCUCACUUCAUUGAAAACCCUGUUAGAUUAUCUGUCUGAUCAUUUUCUUGGCAUUCACAAAAGUCCAUCCUCUCUCUAACUCCAACCACAGUCAACUUUAUAUCACCAUUCUACUAGUGCAUUGAAUCCUCAUUUUCUCCUUCUACUAGAUUGUAAGCUCACAUGCUAUCUUGGAAAUGACUGGCAUAAACAUGCUAGACUUAAUUUAUGGAUAGUGAUGGAUCCUCUUUUCAUUUUUUACUGCCUUGUCAAGGUGCUGCCUCACAGCAGUUAAGCCAUUCUUUGGAUAUCUAAUUUUGGAUAAGGGGUAUCUAAUUUGCUGCAUUUAAUUGUUACUCUGUGUCAGUUGGCACGCUUGCCAACUCUGUCCUCUGUGCUUUAGAAGAAUGUGCUAAUCUGUAAAGUGACAAAACAAUUGUUGUUUAACGAAGGAUUUUCUUUAUAUUUUAGAAUCCAAAUUAUCGCCUACUUAUUUCAUCUUAAGCAUCCUGUUCUUGCCAUUUGCCUAAGUAUUUAAACAUUUUUGUAAACAGGUUCAGAUUCAUUUAGACUUUAAUCACUAGUAGUCUGAUAAUACAUAUAUUUUAUUUUUCCCCUCUGUAGCCUGUGGAACUCGCAGAACUGGAAGUCAAACAAACUGCCCAGCCAACACCAAAAAUCAGACAUGUGCAUUCAGACAAUUGGUGAGUUUUAACCAGUACAACAUAAUUCAUUCAUACUGAAUUCGGGCACGUAUUUGCAGAUAAAGAAGAUCCUUUUCUGUUUUUGUAAAGAAUAAGUAAGUUUUCACAUUCACUGAGAGCACAUAACAUACUCCAUUACUUACUAUUUACACAGACAUUUUCUUUAAAGGUUAAUGAAGUCGGUACAUGGCAAGUAAUGUUGGGUAGUAAUAUAAUGUUCCUAAAAGAGAUACUAAUAUUUUUUAGCCUUGUUUUUCUUUUUUUUUCUACUUAGGACGAUUAAGAUGUAGAAUUAACAGGGAAAUUCUGAAAUGCCUGCAAACAAAUACAGACAGGCAUUAAGUUAAACUUAUAAUUAAAGGACCACUAUAGUGCCAGGAAAACAUACUUGUUUUCCUGGCACUAUAGGGUCCUUGGGUCCCCCUCUCCCUCAGGGCCCCCCUCCCGCCGGGCUCUAGGGGGAGGAAAGGGUUAAUCCCUUACCUUUUUUCUAGCGCCAGUCUCAAUGCUUUCCUAUGGACGCUGGUGUCUUCUCACUGUGAAAAUCACAGUGAGAAGUGCGGAAGCGCCUCUAGCGACUGUCAAUGAGACAGCCACUAGAGGCUGGAUUGACCCAUAUGUAAACACAGAAGUUUCUCUGAAACUGCUAUGUUUACAGCAGAAAGGGUUAAUCAUAGAUGGACCUGGCACCCAGACCACUUCAUUGAGCUGAAGUGGACUGGGUGCCUAUAGUGGACCUUUAAUUAUUAUACUUGGACUGACGACCUAGACCAACCAAUAAUGGAUGCUUUUAAAGGAUGAUCUUGAGGCCCGUUUCUCGCUUCCAUUAGGUUCCACUUAUUGUGCUGCGCUACAGAACAUGUUGGUGCUUAAUAAAUAUUAAUGUGGGCAUUGCUAUUUUUUUCAGCCUAAUUUAUGAUGUGGUAUAAUUUUUUUUCUGUAGGAUGUUGGUUAUCCACAAUUCCUUUCUGCCUGUGAAUAUCCCCAUGAACCACUCACUCGGGGCCUUUUAUUUUUAAAGAUCACUCAGUGGAGCGCUAAAUAUCAAAUUCUUACCCCUAUUGGAAUAACGUAUAUAUCACUUUAAGGGGCAGACAGCAUAAUAAAAUCUACAACAAGAAAAUACACAUCAUGGUGCAGUAUGCUUGUAAGGUGUGAAUGGAGUGGAAGAAGAUGUAUGUCCAACUCACAUGGUAAAGAGCCUGGAGAUUGGCUCAAAUCACAACAGCUGAGGUAUGUUUGGUAAUACCAGACCUUCUCCAGAUAUACAGCUCACAACAUAUGUGGAUAAAAAAGGACAAAAAUCCUAGUGCAAGUGUGUUUAAAAUAAACAAGUGGUCACAUAUAACAGUGCAUGAAUGUGCUCACCUGGAAUAGAGCCAAUUGUACUAGGCUCUAUGUAUAAGCGUGUGGUGCCUUUAAGGGAGGCACUACCCUUCUUUAGAAAAUGCAGGAAGCAGUUGAAGAUCCACUACCAGAUGUAUAAGGUAAAAGUAACUCCAAGGAAGACCACCCCAGAGACUUUUACUUUUUGGUAUCUGUAUAUACAGUUUUACUUUGCUUAAUUGUUUUUUUUUUUUUUUUUAAUAAAUUGUUACUUUUACCUUAUACAUCUGGUAGUGGAUCUUCAACUGCUUCCUGCAUUUUCUAAAGAAGGGUAUUGCCUCCCUUAAAGGCACCACAUGCUUAUACAUAGAGCCUAGUACAAUUGGCUCUAUUCCAGGUGAGCACAUUCAUGCACUGUUAUAUGUGACCACUUGUUUAUUUUAAACAUACUUGCACUAGGAUUUUUGUCCUUUUUUAUCCACAUAUGUUGUAAGCUGUAUAUCUGGAGAAGGUCUGGUAUUACCAAACAUACCUCAGCUGUUGUGAUUUGAGCCAAUCUCCAGGCUCUUUACCAUGUGAGUUGGACAUACAUCUUCUUCCACUUCAUUCACACCUUACAAGCAUACUGCACCAUGAUGUGUAUUUUCUUGUUGUAGAUUUUAUUAUGCUGUCUGCCCCUUAAAGUGAUAUAUACGUUAUUCCAAUAGGGGUAAGAAUUUGAUAUUUAGCGCUCCACUGAGUGAUCUUUUGGUGGUAGUACGAUCCACUAAGUUCACUUUUUUCUUUCACAUUGUGUUUGUGUAGGAUUGGGAUACCUGCAUGCGUGUUUGAGCUGCUGUUCUAUCUAUAUAUUAUUGUUAAGCGCCUAAUUGCACAGAGCACCUUUUCCUUUUAUUUUUACUCUAGUCUUCCCCUCCCCAGGUUUCUCACUAAUCAGUGGUCAUUAUUCCGAAAGUCAUUUACAAGUCUCAUCUCAGCAAUUUUUAACAGCAGUCAACUGCUACUUCUUUGUAACUUUUGCAAGUCUUUGAUGUUUGAUGGUGUGUUCUGUACAUGCGGUUAAUUUCUAAAAAUGUAUCCCCAAAAUCUUUUUUCUUGUUGUCCACUUUAACGAUCGUUUGGAGAGAUAUUUUUGUGUGUGACCUACUUUGGAACCCCUAAGGACUUUCAUGGAAUCUCGCAGGACUGGCGGUGAAACAGUUACUUGUAUAGUGUAGACGGAGAGACAAAGAAAAGUCAUUUGAUUGUUGCAUGUUGCUGAGCAAGCACAUUUUGUUAUAGGUCUCAUUUUACCAGCUGCCAGUUUGUGUAGCCCUUAAGUGAGUACUUGUCUCCAUUAGCGGGAGAAAAAUCAUUUCGCUAGUCAGCCCAUAAUUGUUCUACCCACUCUCCCACCCUCAUCAGGAGUACUGAAAUCAUUUAACGCAUUCCGUAUAUUUUGUUUUGUCCAUUACUUGAAUGGUCUAAUAGAUGGUUUUACUGCGGUCCUCUCGGAGUCCAGGAAAAUAAUUUUAAAUAUGUCCUCAUCAUAACAAGCCCUAAAGUAUUAAGAACAGAAUCUGCGACGAGUGCUUAAAAAAAUUGAAUCACAUAUUGUAGCGGAGGGAAUUGGAUGCAUUUUACAUAUUUCGAGAUUUUGUUGUGUUGUUCAAAAAGCAGAAAAUCCAAGGUUUAAAUUCAUUUUGCGGGUUCUGCUCUAGAAUAAUGUAGAAAUAUAUGUUGCAGAGCGCUUUACUCCAGGUUUUUCAUACAAUAACACAACCCAUCAAAUAUGGCACCGAUUGGUUGGAUCGCACGUAAUCUGUGGGACUUGAGGAGUGGGAGAAAAACGACCCCCAUGGCCCUCACUGUAGACACCCCGCAUUUUGUAUAUUUCUACUUAGCAGAACAAAUCUCAUAAAGUGUGAUUUUAUUUUCUUCCAAAAACGAAUCUUUCAGUAAAUAAGAGCUCCAACUUAUAUUUUGAGUAAUCCGUAGAAAGAUGUUUCAUCCGUCUGUAGAUCAAGCAGCAAAGGAUAAGAUAAAGUAUCACUAUAUACUUUUUUAUUUAUUUACCAGUUUAUGGAACCUCUGCUCAUCAACACGCACCUUAUUUUCUGGCCUGCAUUGUUAGGCCAUCGAACAUAAAAGGGCACCUUCUCUGCCCACAUGAAUCCAUGCUUUCAUGGUCCCCAUUCACAAGACCCAAAGCUACAUUACUAAUGCUUAAAAAAAGCUUUUUACUUACUAUUGGGCUUACCAUUGGCACUGCUUACCUCUCCUCCUUCCGCGACGUUAUGGCAUGCUCUCCUCCGGCGUAGCCUAAUCCAAUGUUCCUCAUAGAGGAGCAUUGGGGACCUGCUGUGCAUGCGCGGCGAGUGACACACAUGCAUCCAAGGUUCCCCAUAGGAAAGGAUUGAAUCAACGUGCCUGAGUUGUACAUGGUCAUUGCAGCAGAAACGCCUCCAUUAUCUGUCAGUGCAACAGGCACUGGAUGUGUGUUUAACCCAUCAUGGUAAGCAUUGUUCCUGCUUAAUGGUAAUGUUUUACAUUGACCACUGCACCCAGGCCAUUGAGAUCUGGUCUGGGUGACUUUAGCGGCUCUUUAAUAAAAGGUCUAACAUUGAUACCACCAUCUGCUUUAAAAGUAAAAUCCACCAGAAUGCAGUAUGUACAUUAUCAUUAAAGGGACACUUUAGUCACCUGAACAACUUUAGCUUAAUGAAGCAGUUUUGGUGUAUAGAACAUGCCCCUGCAGCCUCACUGCUCAAUCCUCUGCCAUUUAGGAGUUAAAUCCCUUUGUUUAUGAACCCUAGUCACACCUCCCUGCAUGUGACUUGCACAGCCUUCCAUAAACACUUCCUGUAAAGAGAGCCCUAUUUAGGCUUUCUUUAUUGCAAGUUCUGUUUAAUUAAGAUUUUCUUAUCCCCUGCUAUGUUAAUAGCUUGCUAGACCCUGCAAGAGCCUCUUGUAUGUGAUUAAAGUUCAAUUUAGAGGUUGAGAUACAAUUAUUUAAGGUAAAUUACAUCUGUUUGAAAGUGAAACCAGUUUUUUUUCUUCCAUGCAGGCUCUGUCAAUCAUAGCCAGGGGAGGUGUGGCUAGGGCUGCAUAAACAGAAACAAAGUGAUUUAACUCCUAAAUGACAGAGAAUUGAGCAGUGAAAUUGCAGGGGAAUGAUCUAUACACUAAAACUGCUUUAUUUAGCUAAAGUAAUUUAGGUGACUAUAGUGUUCCUUUAAGUGAGAUCUACAAUAUCAAAAGUUACCUUUCGUGGGCAAUGUUGCAGGGAGCACCCCUCACGUGUGGCUUUCAGUAAGCUGUAUCCUCAGAGGAUGGGCACGAGAGGUAAAAUUGCUUCCACUAGCCCAACUUUAAAACAUCAAUAUUAUUUUACCUAUGGGAGAAAUUCCAUUUUACACCUAUUUAUGAAACCUGAAAAACACUCUAUAGGUUUAGGAAAAUGUUCAUUUUAGGCAUAUUCUCUCUACAUAGCUAGGAGCGACAACACAUGCAUAAUCCUUCUAUCAGCAAAAAAAAUAAAAAAUGUAUGCGGAACAAUUAAUAAAUAGAAAAAAAUAAAAAACUGAAAUUAACCUAAAAAUAGAGAGUAAAAAAACCUAUUUUUUUCUGUAUUAAUUAUUAUUAUUAUUGUAUCUAAUUGUAUAAAUUUAUACAUUGUUAUUUGAAAAAUAUUCAAUAAAAAUAUUUGAAUAGGAAAAUAGAAAAUAAACGACAAAAAAAACCCAACUCUUGGUAAGGGGCGUGUGUAAUCAGAUUUAGGAGAAUCCAACAAAAUAAUCAGAAAUAUAUAAUCUUUAAAGAACAAGUUCAAAGCUGGCUUUUACUGAUUAGUGAAAUGUCAUUUAGAUAACAGGGCAGAAAUCAUUCAACCUUUUACCAGUAAUUGCCUGGAGAGAGUCCAGACUCGCAGCCCCACUUCCAAAUUCACUUUAAGAAAGAGAUCAACUACACUGGUGACAAUACAUGACUUAAUCCUGUUUUACCAGGAUUGCAUUUUUUCUAUUAUUCUUACUGGACGUAGUCACGUCCUGGCAGCCCAGCGGUCAGGAUUUAUCAAUAGCCGUAGUCUGGAGCCAGAGAGACUGCCAGGUUUUACUGCUGUUUAUAAAUCAGGCACCUGACGCAUACAACUGCUUGACAGCGCAACACUUUGUGUUUUUUCUGAAUACGGAACCUUGCAGAGAUGCUGCUUUCUGAUUGGUUAGAGUAAGAGUACCAUGUUUUGAUGGCUAUAGUAGGAUUUUGUAAUUAAAGGAGGCCCAACUAUCACUGGAGAUUAACAAUAAAUUAAUAACCUGCAGUUGGAGGCAUCUAUGUCUAGAAAUCAUGUUUCGUUGAUUAUAAAGUGCAAUUUAUUUAUUUUUAGGUUUUAGAAAAUUAUGCCUCUCUAAUUUAUCUUACUGUUUAGCAACAGUUGGAAGAAAGAAUUUUCACAUUCUUUUCAGAGCAUAUUCUGAGCAGGAAUUAGACGUUAAGGAAACAUGAUGUGGUUUAUUGACCAAUCGGAGAAUUGGAAAGAAUUGACCGAGACAUUUUAUAUUUUACCCUUAAAUAGGCAAGCUGGGAAAAUUUUCCAUCCCACCCUUAUUGAUGUGUACCACAAGUCCCAGGAUACAGGUUAUGCAUAUGCACACUCAGACUUGCAAAAAGGCAAUGGUAAUCAUUGGUCAUUUCUAAUGUUUGAGUAUUUAUAGCGCUAUAGCCUUUUUACCUAAUGUUUGUAUUUAUGGUAACAUAGUAUUUUUAUUUAUAUAAAGUUUUGUUUGUUUUUAAGUAUUGAUAGUGCUGUGGUAUUUUUAUAUAAAGUUUGUAUUUUUUUGUAUUUACGUUGUAGUGUUUUUUUAUGUUGCGUUUUUAUUUUUCACAUUUUUAUAUGUACACUUUGUGUUGUGUUUUAUUUCAGCCUGGGUGGUGUCGCGUAUGCUGCACCUAGUGAGCAGAUUCUCAUCCAUGAUGCGGUAAAGGACCAAAGACAGAAUGAUAAAACAUACCCAGUUCUUCAAACAGGUAAGGGCUAGGUGUAGCCAAUAACUCCCAUCAUACUUUGACCCACAUCAAUUAAAGGGACAGUGCAUCCUCGCUAAACAAAACUCUUACUUUAGAGACAGUGUCAACAUAGUUAUAGGGUUAUACAGACAAUGGGGCAUUUGUUUUCAAUGCCAGAUAUAUUUAUAUGUGGAUAAAAGCAAAUUUAACAGUUUUAGAUUUUGUUCUCGUAGAAGAUAGGGUUGAGCAAUUUUAUUAUAAAAUGAAAAAGCACACGUGAAAAUAGAUAUUUGUUAAUGUUCCAUCAUAGAUAUCGUGGAAAAUGAGCCAGUGGAUGAUCCGUGGGACCAGAUUGAACCAGCCACGGAUUCUACCAGCAAGGUGCUGUGAACACAUAUAUGUGGAAUUGGGUACCCAGUGUGGCUAGCAAGAUCCUUAACUGUGAUUUGUAAAAAGUUUAACACUUUGACUAAAUACUAGUAAAAUGCACACUUCAUCCCCAUUGAGAACAAAAUACAACAUCCGCCUUUUACCUCUUCAUUGUCUAAAUUGACUUGAUGUGUUUUAAAAAUGUUCAUAAAAUGUGAGCAUAACAAGUUCAGUUUCAGGUGCAAAUACUUUGCAAUCUAUACAUUGCGCUGCCAAAUGUGUCUACAAAUAUAUACAUUUACAUGCAACCAACAGCAACAUCUUAUCUACAGUUUACAUGAAUAAAGGCUGGGGAAAUAAAAAAUAAAUAAAUAUAGGAAUAACAUUUAAAGGAGUCCUGGGAGCACCCUAAUUGCUAUAAUUAAUUUAAGUGGUUGUGGUCCUAUUUUGACUAACUAUUUUAGCGUGGCCUCGUCUGGAUGCCAAACAACUUGCCAGCUGGUCAGAUAAUGUGGAAGGUUUACUUUGCCUUUAUCCACACAUGCUAAGAUUGUUAGGAGCAGCUGAGCAUACUGUGGGCUUGUUUCGAUGCUUGCUGGUGAAAAGGUUUUUCAUCGAUAAUGCCAACAGCCAAUAGAGCUUCGCUGCUACAAAUUACAGGCAGGUCCCGAUGAUCCAAUCCUGCUUUUAGUGUUCAUGUCUGCCUGCACUCAUACCGAUUAUUACUUGUGUCUACCAUCUUUCAUAAAAUAGUGUUUACUCAUUAAUUACUGUGAUGACUUUACCAGGACACAACACAAGUUUCACUCAGUGCAUAUGCACUUCACCUGUGAUCAUCUAAGCACGUUGCCCUUUAAGGGUUUAUUUACUAAACAGCAAACUGUACUGAAUUGAAAAUGGGAUUGCAAGAUUAAUGCAAAUAUAACAGAGUUUAAAGAAUUCUCCAACUUGAAUAUAGUUUCAGCUUGGCUAUUUUAUUUGAUCCCACCAGCCAUUUAGUGGCUCAGAGGAAUAUGUACAGAAUUAGCAUUACCCAAUCCAGAACUAGAGUUUAAUGACGUUGCUUGAGGUGAAGUUACAACUUAGGCAGCAGAGGGGUUAAACUCCAUAUGUUCAGCAAUUCAAUGCAAAACGCUGCACAUGCAGACUUCAGGCACCACAACCACUUCAAGUGGUGCCUGAAGUAACCCCUAAAUGCACUUAAACAUAGAUUUAAAAUUUUUUUUUUAAAUAGGAUGUCUUGACCAUUUUCAGUGGUUAAAAUGUAUUUUUCUCUUUAUACUUGGAUACAGAAGGUGCAAUUUUUACUUAGAUAGUGACUGGAAAUAUGUUUUGCCAUUUAGCAUGGAAACCAGGAGUCACUUAGUAUUUAAUCUCUAUGGAUGGUGUUAAAAUUGAUAGCAGCCGCUAAUAACCACUCGCUAACAGGUAUGAUUUGUAUUAUAGCCACAGCCAGUAGUUGCGGAUAUUACUGACAACCAUUUUAGAUUAUGGGCUUGUGAUUGCAACAAGCCUAGUUAUGAGCCCUACAUUUGGUAUUGCAAGUAACAAUUAAAAUAAAUAAAGAAUGGUACAUUUCAAAUAUAAGUGGCAUGUUGACCACACAAAGUCAAACAUCACUGUGUCAUGUUUCCCCAAUAUCCGUUAGCUAUGAGACAGUAGAUCUUGGGAGAAUAAAGCAAGUCAUUACAUUUUUGGUUUUGUGUCUCUGUAGUGGAGUGAAAUAAGUGAGUUCUAUGGUACCCCCAAUAUGUUCAGCCGCUAUAGCCUGGAGAUGGCACAGCAGUAUCUGCGGGAAGAAGAACUACGGGCAAGACACCAGACAGCCCUACUGAGACUCCGCGAGGAGGCACUCAAGGAGAAGACAAGAGCCGAGCUUGCACUGCUGGAACACCAAAGAAAGUAAGAUGUUUAUUCAUAGAAAGCUUGUGUUUUAUUCAGCAACCUAGAAUGUCCCUGAUUUAAAGAUCUCCAAUUUCUGUUCCAGUGAAGAAAUUGGUAGAUUCGGUUUGGAUUUUAACAGUCCAUAAUUAUUUUUACUUAUCACCAAAGAAGAAAGGUAAAGUCUUCAUUCACCGUUUCCAAAUAUGUUUGGUCCUUCCUAGAUGUUUAGAGCUGAACAAUGAGCACGGCAACGUAGAAGAAAUUCUGGAACAGGAACACGAGGUUCAGGAAAACCUGAAGCAAGAGCAGGUACAUAAAUUUUCUGACAUUGGGGCAACAUGUACUAUGGUGGGAAUCCUUCCAGACCGUCCAUUCCAGGCAGAAACAUCUUCCGUUUCCAUGAGAUCUUCUUUCUGAUGGAAUGAUCUUCCAUUUAUCUCAUGUUGAUACAUCAGGAGUCUACUCUGACACACUAGCUUAUUUCAAGACAUGAUACAACAAUGAUCUAGGAUCCUGGACUUUACAUCAUAUUAUCUCAGCUUUACUCCUUUCCAAUGCGAAGUCGAUAUAUAUUAAAGGCAAAUUUUUCCUUUUCUGUUUAAAGGCAGAAAUAAGACACCUGAGUAAUAUCUACAAGGCAGCCCAUCAGGAGAGGAAGUUGCUUUUAAAGCAGCAGAAGGAUGUCUUGCGGAUCCAACAGUUAGCGGCCCAUAUGAAGAAGAAGCUGUACAGUGCAUGCGCAGCUCAGCAGGUACACAUGGCGUGCACUGGUGGGAAUAGUAAAUUAUGUCACCAGAUGGUGCAACUAUUGGGUAAAACCUGUAACCUAGACCAUAAAAAGUAAAAAUCAAUGCUGUGCAUGUAUAUAUGUCUAUAUAUUGUUUGUUAGUCCUGUAAUGGUAAGAGAUAUCUACCUGCACGAUACAUUUUCCCUCCUGCCUCUUUACCUAUUGUUUUUCAUGAAAUAUUCACUAUUAGAUGAUGUAUAAGAAGUAAAAAUGUCUAAUAUGGAUAUUUGAGGGAUUUUAUUUUAAAAACAAAAUUUACAGUUUUUAAAUAAAAACCUAUAUCUCGGGAUAUGUAGGAAGGAGUAACGAUUGGAGUUUGCGCAGCAGUGCCAAAUACACUGCCAGCACAUGAGGCUAUGAACCAUUCCAGAUCGAUGAUACCACACCAUCAAUUAACGAAUACCAGUCACAUUAAAUUGUUUUAAAUUAUGUUUUUUUAAAUGGUUUCCCAGCAUGCAGCAUAACACUUUGUAUAUGAAAAGCGCUAAGUCUGAAACUAAAGAGAUGUUUUAACAGAGGUCUUCCCUCCCUCUCGCAGGUUCCAGGUGACACCGAAGAACAGAUAACCGAUGAUACUUUGUGCAGUUCUACAGUUUUAUCAGCGCUGUCAAACCAUGACACCGACGCUGACCUUUCAGAUCACCUGGCAGAUGAUGAUGAUUUUGUAGAAGACAGAAAACAGACGUACAGUGGCAGGUACCCAAUUUCUACACUCUUUCAUUUACAAAACAGAGAGAAAAAAAAUCAUUUAUUUAAGCUUUAAGACUGUUAAUGGCUCUGUGAAUCUCAAAGACAUCUAGCCAAUAAGUCCCAGGAUGGCUGAAGUUUAAUGUUGAAUGUUUUGUAGACGGACUUCAAAUAGUGACAGAUCCAUUUCUAGCAAAUUUGUAUAAGCAAUGCCUGUUUUAAUGGUCAAUUAAGUUAUGGUAUUGAUCAAGACUAGGAAUCUUUGUCCAGUCCAUCUAGUGGAACCAAAAUUUGCUCAUUGUGAAACCGUUAUGUGAAAGCUUCUUGCUAUCUUUGCUGCCAUGAAGGUAAAAUGCCUAGCUAUGUUUGAUCCAAUAUGGAUGUUUGACCCAUAGAAGGUCCAGGCACUUAGGGGUGUAAUAAGGUGGUUUUAAUUAAACAUAUACAAGCAGCAGCCUUUCAGUCUCACAAUGAGGUCUUCAUCAAGCUAAAAUUUCAGUGCACAAGUGCAGCAUUUAUAAGACAUGACAAACAUAUUAAUUGAGCAAAGUAAUCAAAACUAAUUAAUGAACAAUACCUUCCCAAUUAGCCUUCACUGUAGCCAGUAAACCCAACCAAAAAUCAUCAAAUGAUGUGAGGCACAGAAGCCAUUCGAUGGCAUCAAACGCAAAAUGUAGGCACCAACAGAUGGUAUCCAGCGUCAGCACACAUACUCUGUAACGUCACCUCAAUAAAAAGAUUAAAAUCAAUUGUGACCACACAUCAUCAUGUAAUAACGUGAGACGUCAAAAAUAAAUAAAAAUCUCAGUAGUUAUGGCAACAGGUCGAGGACAGGUGUGAGAGCACAACAUUAUAAAACAACCAUUACAUAAUAGUUUCUAAUAAAAUACCAAUUGUACACAUAAAGAAUAUCCAAAUGCAUUCUUUAUCUCAACAAGAUGUGACCUUAAUUCAUAAAAAGUAGAAAGUUCGCUCUGUGUUGCUUACACUGGAUGUAAUCUGUUAACACCAGCAUUUUGCAUUUGAUGUCAUCGAAUGGCAUCCAUACAUCACGUCAUUUGACGCAUAGCGUCUUAUGUCAUCACACCUUAUGGCGUGGUUUGUUUUAUAUUGCCCUGGCUCCGGUUGUAGUUAAUUGGGAAAGUACAGGAAGGUAUUAUUAUUUGUAUUACUAUGCUUAAUGUUUGUCGUGUCUUAUAAAUACUAAUUUUGUUCAGUGAGAUGUUAGCCUGAGGAAGACCUCAUUGUGAGGUGAAAACGUUGCUGCUUGUAAUGUGCACUUUUCACUAAAACUGCUUUAUUAUACACUUAAGGGGAAUGGACCUUUUGUACUUUGGAUUGUCCUAGAGGGGUAUGCCAGCCCUGGUCUGGAUUUGCACCUUGUGGUUAUAGAAAGUGUGCAGAUUUGUAGCUGAAAGACCCCAGCUAUGUUUGGUGAAAGGAGCUGUUUAUUGACAUGGAACUAAUAGAUCUAGCUAUAUUCAGUAAUAUAGGGCUAAUAUAUCUAGCUAUGUUUACCCACAUGAAGCUAUUUUUGAUGACGAGGAUAUUAUUUAUCAUAUAGCUAUUUUUCAAGAGUUCCACAUGGAACCCAAGAUGUGUGGAAUGUUGUAGAGAAAGCCAGGAUCUGUUUUGGAUUAAUUAAACGUCAUUAAUGAUAAAUCUGAAUAUUUCAGCCAGCUGUAUUUAUCUAAGCAAUUACAUAUGAUGGGGUUUGCCUCCCAAUCUUCAUUUUAAAGUGAAGUGAUUUGUACACGUAAUGUUUGGGGUGCUGGCAGCUUAAAUGUCCUAUUUAUAUAUUUUUUCAAAGGAUCUCUAGUUUCUAUACUCGCAAGGUCCAUCCUCAUAUUUGUUCUAUAUUUUUACAGCAUUCCUCUUCCAGACGUGUCACCAACAGAAGACACAAGCAUUCAUAAAGAAACCUUACCAAGACACCAAGGUGCUGAAAUUUGUUUUUUUGCAGAAGACAUGAUAACAGCAGAUGGCGAUAGAAAUAAGCGAAUACCCUGGCUUUAUCAGUACUGAGUAUCUUCUGUGUUAGUAGUACCAACAACAAUAAAUGGCAGACCGUGAUAACCUGACCUUUGUUGUGUGGAAUAUAUUAAAGUGAUCAGGCAUCUGUUGGGGCUAGCAUGAAUGCACAUCGUGGGAAUAUGUUGUACCUAUAAAGUCCACACGAUCCUUUUAUUUAAAAAAAAAUUACACUCAAAUAAUAAACAAUCUUUGGGCAGGAAACUCUUUUCAAAUAUAGCAUUGCAAUUAAAGUGCUUAUUUGUAUUUAUUUAUGUUGUCGUAGAAUUAGGUAGAUGUACACAUCCCUGUAGGUUUUUUUUGCAAAAAAAAAAAAAAGUCACAAAUUGAAAUUCCAUCAGUGUUCGGAGCAACAGCAAGGACAGACAAUUGGAGUUUACAUGGCAAUGUAUGGAAUAUAGUUCCAUCUGAAUUUAUGAAUUGGUAAUAUGUGAUUGUGUUGAAUAUUUUACGUACCAUUAUCUUGGGGAUAAAUUACAUUAUAUGUUAAUCUCACACAGGAUCUGGCUGGAUAAGAGAAUAUACCACAAGUAUCAGUGUAUACUCAUUUUUUUUUUUUUUUGCCAUUUUAAUAAUUGAAUUAUUUAUUAGAAAAUGUGUGCUUGCCUCUGAUUGGAUAUAGCUCAAAAUCUACAGCCUAUCGGAGCGAGGCUUUAAACGGCUAAGUUACUGUAUGUAUAUAUAUAUAUAUAUAUAUGUAAAUAACACUGCCCUUUGCAUGAAUCGGAUUUCUGCAUAAAUUUGUAUGAUAAAUGGAAUGCAUCUGAAAGAAUUUAUCACCACCCCUAUUGCAUAAAUAAAAAUAUUAACCAAGAUUGCAGGACGGGAAAGUUAAAAGCAGUAAUAAUCUACAUUAUGCAUUACAGAUGGGGCUGCGGAGGGCUAUCCUUCAUCAGGAAUGGAAGAACCAAUGAUGGAAGCUGUUGAGAAUAAUCUAAGAAAACACCAUCACAAGUUUCCGACGGCGGAGAGAAAACUGUGCAAUCAUUCACAGGCAGGACUGGCAGCUAUAUUUCCUUAUUUUACAUUAUUCAUACACACACAUUAUUCAUUCAUCUACAUAAGAGGGAACAGGCUGUGACUAUAAAUAGGCUCCUUUAAACCGGUGCGAUUUAUCAGUAAAAAAGUCAGGUACCAGCACAGAGCCCUGCGCGGUUGAUAUUGACUGUUGCUACAGACUGGGAAUUUUUAGUAUCAAUUAAAGGGGAAAUGUUAUUAGACAAUCAAUGCAGGACUGUCCACUGGUAUAAGCCUAUAAAAUCUUCUUGAGUAAGCCAAACACAUUCAGACUUCUGUUUCCUUUGCAAUAAAAGUAUUUUACUGACUUGUUCAUUUUCUCUAACAUCAAACGUUCCUUUCCUAUGAAGCUGCAGGACCUAGAAUUACUGGAAGAAGAUUCUGAGCUGUUGCAGAACUACAACCCCCAUGAUUCCUUGCUAGAUUUACAGCGGAUAAAGCAAUAAACUAGCUGUAGUUUUGGAACAGCUGGGGAUCUUGUUUUUUUGGCUACCUCUGUGAUAGACAAAGAUUUCAGCCAGAGGUGUUUGUCAGUCUAAACAGCUACGUGUUCACUGCUGUACAAUGAACCGAGAUGUUUAGGUAGGAAGUUAAAUGUACAUUCGCUCCAGAGCAUUAUGAGUAAUAAUUUUAUUUGUAUUUUUGUUUGUAGAAGAACGUGUAUCUACUUCUUUUUAGCUUGCGCUAGUAAUGUGUAUUUUUUUGUUUUUUUUUACCAAAUAACAAAAACCAGCUCUCAGCCGAUGAUAAGGAAUUAGAAGUUGAUGUAAUUCCGGCUGCAUUUAAAAUGGAUUCUAAGAAAGACAACGGGUAAAUAUGGAAAAUGUUUUGUGAAAACAUUUUUUACUGUAAAUCUAGUAUGUUUUCUGUUACAGUUUAUCUGCACAUGUUUCUUGAUUUAUCAGCGGCUGUGCAUUGUGCUGACAGGUUGUGCACUGUCUUACUGGGCACUGUUUGACAAAAUGUAACAAAGAGGUGGGGACCCCCCAUCCUUACUUGGGUUAGUUAGUAAGGUUGUGUUAUUUUAUUGGCAUAAUAUAUGACACCAAUAUAUUCUGUAGCACUUAAUAUGAGGGUAUCACAGCAAACUGUAGCAGAUGUUUACGGGAACAAUAGGUUGUUGAGGACCUAAUGAGCUUACAAUCUAGAGUACAGGUAAGGAACCCAGUAUAUUUUAAAGGAACACUAUAAUGUUGGGAAUACAUACCUGUACAGGGCCCCCUUAAGAUAAUUAGAAAAAAGGGUUGAAAGACUUUUAUUCACCUUUUUUUCCAUUGCCAAGAUCCAGUCCCUGCAGCCACUUGAUCCACCUUCCACGACGUCAUGCUGACUCUUCUCCUUUGACAUCUUCUCGUCCUAUUUAAUGCUUCUCAUAGAAAUACGUUGGGGACGAGAAGUGCAUGCACAGUGAGUGUCACACAUUGAAUAUAAUUCCUCCUUGGAUGACGUCACACUCAUGUGUUGCAGCAGAAGCACUUCCGAGUGGCUGUCAUGAAUACAGCCACUAGAGGUUUGUCCUGCAAUGAAAACAUUGCUGUGUCAACAAAAUGGCAGGGCCACUGCACCCAGACCACUUCCUUGCGAUUCAUUGAUCUGGGCGCCUACAGUGUUCCUUUAAGCCAAUUCCAGAGGGAUCUGUUCCCCUGACAGCACAGAUUUCUCUCCCUCAGUCCGUCUUGGCAUGUGCAGUAAUACAGAUGUAAUUUAUAUCUGGAAUAACAUGCAUUAGAGAAAACAUGGGUGAGAGACUUGUACUGCCAGGGGCCACACAAGUCCUCCUCUCGCUGCUAUAAACGGGGUGCAAAUGGACUGUGGUCUGUAUUUGUAUUUUUACACUAGUGUAUAACUAGCGGCUAUCUGCUCCCUCCAGUUGCUCUCUGCAUAUAGCGAUUACGCUGGAAGAAAGGUUCCAGGUACUGACAUUCACACUAGGCUUGGAAUGUGGCGUAUCUCACUGUCUGCACUGUAUUAGGAAUUAACUAUAAAUAGUUACAUCACUCAAUAUAAUAUGAUUUCAGGACAAAUCAGGGUCUCAAUGUCCACGUGACAGACACUGACAGAACUGCGGAAGAGGAGGAUGAUCAACAAAGUAAGAAUUAGCUAUUGCCAUAUAAGUAUUUUGCUAAUUUAUUGCUGAUUCCAGUCAGAGACAUUCCAAAUUCCUUUAUCACCAAUGACGUUUCUAUAAUUAAAAUAGCGCUCCUCAGUUGUUAUCCUGUUUAUUGUACCUUUCCUACACUGUUCAUACAAUCUGCAUUUUUUUUCUUGAAACUGUUUUGUAUUGGGGGUGGGGGGGGGAACUUCACUAAAAGUAAUUUGAAAUAGGAUAAAAGCCCUACCUCUGCCAAUUAGAGGGGUUAACUUCACAGGAGAGAUGGUAGAGGACUCGUUAAAUGAGUUCCGCAACUGGGCUUGUUUAGCCAGUAACCUAGUAUUGGGCAGAAUAAAUAGGCUUAUUUUAAUGUUAAAAACUAUUAAGCUUCACAGGGUUAUUAAAAAAUGUAUUCAGAUAGAAAAGAACUGUCACUGAGUCCAGGGUAAACUUGGACUUAUGACAGUAAGGUCAGUGUGGGUGGUACCAGAUCCACCCUGGGCUUGAACCUUGUAAAUUAUACAAUAUAUAAGAAAAAAAAGGGGGGGAUCCCAAACUCAGCAAGGGUGGGGGAUUCCAAGCUGGUAGAUAAAUAGACAAUACUUAAUAAACAGAGCUAACCAAUAUAUCUACAAUAACUUUGUAGGAUAAACCACCAUAAAUCCUCCAGGGAACUUAUUAAGUACAAUGCAUUGUCACAGGAGAAUUAUUCGCUAAACAGUGCGCUGGGUAGUAUUCCCUGUGACAGUUUUGUACCUGUUUAGACAGAAAUAUCUGGAUGCAUUUAAGAGUAUCCAGAAGAUAUACACUGUCCAUGAUAACAGUCCAGGGUUUAUUAUCCACAUAUUUUUAGAGGUAAUUGCUCACCACUCCCCAACUGGGAAUCUUAGAACAAUUGUGUUGUUUUUUCAUUUUUAUGCACUGCAAUAAAUGUAUUUUCUUACUUGGAUACAUUGUACUUAAUAAGUUCCCUGGAGGAGUUAUGGUAGUUUAUCCUACAAAGUUAUUGUAGAUAUAUUGGUUAGCUCUGUUUAGUAAGUAUUGGCUAUUUGUCGACCAGUUUGGAAUCCUUCACUCUUGCUGAGUUUAGGAUCCCCCCCCCCCUUUUUUUCUUAUAUAUUAAAAACAUUUUUUUAAUUAAAGUGUAUUCAAAGCAGAUUUUACAUUUUGGGCAAAAUAGCCAAACUGAAAUAUAGCUGACUUCGAAAAUGUGUCAGUUUCGGCUAUUGCGGCUUGCAAUGUAAAAUUCACACUGUAUUGAAUAACCAUGAUAGAACUUAUUAACUACUUUGUUGUCAUACUUACUGAUCGGCGAUUCCCUCGAUGUUACGUCCUGGUUUCGCCGAUAGAACAUCCUGCCCACGCACCUGACAGCAGACAUCUGCUGAUCUCUCCUAUCCCCUGAUUGGGCCUUGACUUACCAAGUACUGAGAUUUAUCUUGCUGCCUUCAUUAUAAAAGAUACUGCUUAAAGUGAAAUGACAUUUUAUCCUAAAAGGUAUUUAAAUAAUUUUAUAUUUAGUUCUUAAAGUGAUAUACACCUCAAAGUUGUUCUCUGUAGUUGUGUUCUCCUUGUUCUGUACUGAAAGAUAUAACAUUUGUAAUAAUUUGCAGACUUUGCCAAUGGUAAUCGAGACGUGGAACAUCCAGACCAUAAUGCAUUAUCAUCAGAACAUAAUCACCAGAUUAUUCACAUGGAAGAAACCCCGCAUGUUUUAUCAGAUAGUUCAGCUGCAGCAACAUCUAAUGAGUUCACUCAGGCAGCUGGAAAUGCUGGACACGGGCAUCCUCUCGCAGCAUUUCUAAAGGUUUCUGCAAAGCUCAUCCACAUUUCUGAGAGUUCAGUUUCUGGAUCUGACAAAGAAGAAGGGGCCCAAGACACCGAGAGUGGAGAUUCCGAGGUGUUUGAUAUGGAACCCUGUGAACUUCCUUGUAAAGUACACAGUGAUGAUUUUGAAGACCCAAUAUCAACUAGAGAACCUUUAUCCUUCAGAUCAAAUGACAGGUCCUCUGGGACACAGGAAGGCCAGAUUUCCAUGGACCCAUAUACUUGUCUACCAGACAUUAAUCAAAAGAAUGUAUUGGAACAGCAUAACACAACAGGAUUAGUACAAGCUGAAAAAAAAUAUGGUGGAAAGGGUCAACCUGAAGACCAUGAAGAGCUUGUAGAUCAUAUCAUUUCAAUCCAAGACCCCAAAAAUACAGAAGUAAAGAAAAACACAGAGAUAAAACCUAAAAUAGCUCCUUUGGCAUCCGAAUCCUUCCCAACAUCCUCCGACUUGUCGGAGACCGACACAAAUACCAACAGCAGAGAAUAUUUAAUUGAAGAAAAGGGUACUAAUGGAGUCACAAACACAGGAAAAUUGCCUUUGGUGAAUCCAAAAAAUAUUAUUGAUAUUGGUGGAAUCCGUUCUACUGACUCCACAGUUAAACUGAAAGAAACUAAUGAAAGACCAUCUUUAAAAGAAGAAAAACUAAUCUCCAAGAAAAUUGAGAUGGUGCCAUCCCAAGCUAUAUCUUCAAAAGAUUUAUUUCAGAUUAAAAGCUUCACACUUCAGAGUGAGGAAAAUGUCACAUUCAUCACUGAUGAAGAUCUGCAACCGAUUGAAGAUGCCUUGUCAGAAAUUUUGUCUCCCGUUGAUGAAAUGCUUUCAUAUGAAAGUGCAGACUUAUACUCCGCAAAAAAGGAUAACUCAUACCCCAGUGAAGACCUACCCUCCAUACCGGAAGAUGUUGAGUCAAUUAAAAGUAAUGAUGUCGACAGCUAUGAUUUUCCUACACCACCAGAACAAAUAGUUUUUUCUUCCAAUGAAAGCAUGCAAAGUAGUUUAGAGGGGAGUAUAAUUGACGAGAUGCAUUUAUCACAUGAGUAUGGUUUAACAGAGGAAAUGCUUCUUCCAUCGGCAGACUUAAGCCGAGACAGCAUAGGUUACUUCAACGACCAAAAAUUGUCUAUGUUUCCUACAGAAGAUGUGGGAAAAGAAAAUUUGUCUAAACCUUUUAAAAUUGAUAAGCCUUUUCUAACGUUAUCCAAAGCGGAAGAAGACUUCAAUGACCCUUUGUUUACGUUUGAUCUUGGUGACCGAGUUUUGGUAAAGCUUUCAAAGCCAGGUACUCUAAAAUUUAAAGGGUUGACUGCUUUUGAAGAAGGCUAUUGGGCUGGAGUGGCUCUUGACAAACCAGAAGGUGACCACAAUGGAACAUAUGAAGGAAUAACUUAUUUUAAAUGUCCUAUGAAAUGUGGUGUUUUUGUAAGACCACGGCAAAUAACACAUUUAUUGGGGGAUGAUAAGUCAAUCUCUGAAAAUAUCACUGACAAUGAUGAAGAAGGUGACGAUCAGUCUUUUGAUAAGAACUCUAAUCCAAGUGGUAAUAGGUCAUAUCCCCCAAAAGAACCAGAGGAGAAGGAAAGCAAAGAAAAUGUUACCUAUCCUGUUGAAGAAGGUAAUAAAUUUAGAUCAUGUCUCUAUUCACACAAAAGUAGUUGUAACAUAAAGGUUAUAGAUCUCUAUGAGCCUGCAAGUAAUUUCAAAGGUUUGGAUAUACGCCCAAGGGGCCUAAACACUGAAAAUGAGGACAUCAUAGGUGAAGACAAAGAACCAACUUGGGAUUUGCAAGAAAACAUGAUCUACAGCAAAAAAACUAAAGUGCAAAUAACGUUGGGAGACAAAAAGCAGACGUUGGUCUUAAGGAUUUGUGAAGACCUCAUAGCUAAAGUUAUUCACGAAGCCAUUUGGAAAUGUACUAGAAUCGUUCAACGAAAACAACCAAAAACUAGUAACAAUGAAUAUGCAUUUAAAACCAAAAAAAAGCAAGACGAAAACUAUUCUCCUCCCAUAAGCAUUAUUUGUUCCAGUCUGUCAACUUUGGAAAAACAAAAUGGCAGUCCAAAUGGACUUGUCGAGGAUUUAGCUGAUAAACUAAUAACUAACAUAAUUCAGGACUCUAUAAAGGAAUAUAAGAAAUUAAAAAGAAAUAAUGGAAAUACGAGCGAUAUUCAGUCUUGUCACAUCUCUCAAUCUUUUCUGGUAAGUUUAAUGUUCUUUUUCAGAGAUUGUUUAAGUUUUUAAUUGACAUAACUCCUAUUAUCUUGUUUUCCACUAAGCUGUGAUUCAUUGUGGAUUUAAAGUGUGUUUCAAAUUGUAGGUAAAAAAAAAAGAAACUAAAAACAUACCUGGCUUGGAGAACUUUCACAAUUCAGCUGUUGGCCUAAAAUUUGACUUUCACUUUGAAUUACCAGCAAUCCACAAUUUAGUGAAUAACCUUGAAAAUAUUAGUAAGGUUAAAACCAUUAACCACAACGCUGAACAGGUUUGUUUUGCAAUACCUUGCCCUUCCCCAACAAAUUUAAUGCCAGUACUAUGUAUUAAACGUGAUAGAAUUUUAAACUUGUACAACAUUUAUUUUUCCUCCAUCUGAACCACUGCGUUAUUUUUCUUUUGCAAUUCUACCCCUUGGAAUUUCAUUUUGCUACCUCCUUUUGGCAAAACAAAAAUAGAUGUAAUAUCCCAUUGUAUUGUCCGUGGGAUGGGGCAGAUCCCAUCUGAUAGUCUACCAGCAGGUAGAAGAAAAAUUUGUGUGCUGUGAACUGACCUGCAGGAAAUGAAGUCCCAUCCCUGCCCAAUAUAGGAUCACAAGAGAGAAAUGCAAAGGGAGAUCUGAGCCGGGGAGCCACAUAUCUCCAAUUGUCACAAGCCAGUAAAGUGGGCAGUUGAUAUUGGCACACAGCCUCGAUUUAAUAUUGUUUGGUAAGCUCCUUUGGAUAAACUUAAAAUUAUUAUUUUGUUUAAAUAUUAGAAUAACAAAAAGAAACUGUAUAACAAUACAGUGGUACCUCGGUUUAGAAAUGCCUUGGCUAACAUCAUUUUCGGUUUACAAAUGAAAAUCCAUUGAAAAUAAUGCCUCGGUUUAUGAUUUAUUUUCACAUUGCGCCUGGGAGUUUUAUAGCGCCGCCCCUGUGCAUGCUGGAGUCUGUGGGUAGCACGUUGCAUCGAGUGUGGAGGUGUUGGAAAAGUUUUUGCAUCAAAUUUUGGAGCCAUUCUGGAAAUUUUUGGCAGCGUUUUUGGCACUUUUUGGAACUUUUUUGGUGCAUUUCUCAAGCAGUGGAAAGGCAGGGAGCUGAGCUUCGUAGUUUGCAUGCCUUUUACUGUGUGUUCUGCAUUGUGGGUUGGUUUCCAUGCCAGCUCAUUUUGACUUUUUUCUGACCUCCGGAACAGAUUCAUUGGUUUUCAAUGCAUUCCUUCAGCCACUUACCUUUAUCCAGCGCCAGGCUCCCUCGGCACUGGUGACCUCUCCUUCCCCUCCGACGUCAGCUCCCGAGUGGAGCCGAAUGCGCAUGCACGGCCUGAGCCACGCACGCAUUAAAAACGCAAAUAGGAAAGCAUUUCUCAAUGCUUUCCUAUGGAUGUUCUGCAUGCUCAAUGUGAUUUUCGCAUUGAGCGUCAGGGAAGCGCUUCUAGCGGCUGUCAGGAAGAAACUGCCAUGUUUACAUCUGAAGGGUUAAAACCUGGGGGACCUGGCACCCAGACCACUUAAUUGAGCUGAAGUGGUCUGGGUGACUAUAGUAGUCUUUUAAACUUCCCAAAUAUCUUGAGGAUGUUUAUAAGAUCAGCUAUUCCAUUUUAAUGAUAUUGUGAAACAAAACCUUAAUUCAUGGAUCAAUGUUAGUUUAUCGAUGCUAUGAUGAGUCAGUAUGCAUAAAAUGAUGCUCAUUCCCGCAUGUUCCAUCUGUCAGUUCCGAACUCCUUUUUUCACACAGUUCAACCCAGGUUUCCCAGGUUCAUUUAGGGUCGGUCAUAGGUUUCCAAUAAAGUUAUAAAACUUCACUCUUUUAGAGGAGACUUGGGUGUCUCCAGUGUCUGUUAGUAUUACGCUCUUCGCUUGUAUGGUGAAUAGUGUUGUUAAAUGCUAGGUAUCUAUUCAGUCCCCUUCCUUCAGUGCCCCCACAUGUCCAUCUCAAAAACUGAAUUGCAUCCAAUCCCACUCACCUUAUCCAUUUACUGGAGAAUUCUAAACUACUCCCAGCUAAAUGUAAUCUUACUCCAAUGCAAUUUCUAUAUACAGAUUGCUGGGAUUGGUACUGAACAUAUUUUUCUGCUGCUUUCCCCAAAGAGUUCUAGAAUCCACUGUAUCCCCACUCUCUUCCUCUGUGUUUAUAUUCAUAAUGAACAAAUACCCAAACAACACUCUUAAUGCUAUGCAACUACUCUCUUUGUGGCAGAAUUGAAAAAAAAAACCUCCAAAAUGCUUAAAUAUGAGACGGAUAUACGUCAGCAAUGCCCCCUGGUGGAAUGGCACGUACUAUUAAUGCACUCCGUACAGUCUACAAACCAUAUAGAGGUGAAUUAUAAAUCACUAUUGCAGUGGUAUUAUCCACCCUUUAACUACACUAAAUAUUUCCAUCCCCUCCCUGUAUCUUCUGUUUCCUCUAUCCAGCCUGACAGGAAGCUGUUUGGUGCUCUCAGUAAGCACUACCUGUCAGACUGGGCAGAGGAUAACAGUAGAUCAUCUACCCAUGGUCCGUUCGGCCACGCUACAUGCAGUGACCAGCAAGAUGGGGAGCGCUGUGCUGUGCACCACCCUCCUGCAGGACAGGCGGAGAUUGUGCCCCCUAAUCAAGAUUAAUGUCUUAGCCAAGGAGGUGGGGCAGCAAUAGAGGUAAAGUAAAAUUUAGGGGUUUAAGUAAAAUUGCCUUUCAUACACCUUCUCUUUCACUUUAUUCUCUCUCAUCUUGUGGCGGUCCACUUGAGGUGUUGGCUAUCGGCUGGGAAUACCUCAUUUAUUUGUAUUAUUAAAGGGAUUUUUACUAUGGUAUGAUUAUAUUCCUUUAUAUAUGGUAUUCUCCCUUAUAUGUACCACUCAUAUCCCCAUAUUCUCUAUUGUACCCUGUAUUUUUCUCUUCAACGCUGAAAACCCCAGUAAUAAAGAACUGAUCGCGUACACCUUCCAAAAAUACCCUCAUUGUCUGUUAAUAACAGAAUGGUUACAAUUCAAUGUAAUCACUGUGUGAACUAAUUCAGUUAGAAGCGAUAGACUUAUCUCUUGUACCUGAAUGCCACGUACCCCAUAGAAGUCAAUGGGAGAACUGCUAUUUAAUUAUAAGACGCACGCUUAUCAUGUGUGAUCUGACCUACGAUCCCCGAUCAUUAGUAUAAUUCUGCUGCUUUAGCGGAGGUCAGACAUGAGGAGUUAUUUUCAUUCUCUGAACCGCUCAUGAAACCUCUAAAUGUGUUUGUCUAGCUUUCAGGAAGAGGUAUGUUUUGUAUACAUUGGCUUUGCAUAAGGAAAAAGUCAGAUUAUAUACUUAGAUUGCCAAAUAAGAGAUUUAGCUAAAGGUUAAACUGUGCAAUGUUUAUCUAGGCAUCCUUGCAAAAAUAUAUCACACCGUUUCCUUAUAACAGCUUAACCUGGGAGCAAAUUAUAUGAUUAUAAACACUCCCUAAGAUGAUUAAAGGGGCUUUGCGAUGUGUUUGUUUUCGCUUAAUGAAAUUCUAUAUCUCAAUCGGUCUAUAUAUUUAUAGAAAUCUUGUCCUGUUUUAAAGUUAUCGUGUUUUAACUUUAUGGAAUAUUUUAUAACUCAUAUAUUUCUAGGUAUCACUUUUUAUUUUUAUUUUCUGAUUGACAGCUGAGGGCAGCCCACAGUAAACUACAGAAAGACUUCAGAAUGAACAGCCGUAAGAUAAAGUCAUUUCUUCUUUCUGGUAGUAAAAAACGUGCAAUGGGCACAAAUAAGACAACAUAUGGCCAGAGAUACUUUAAAUAAAAUGUAUAGUCCAAUCAAUGUGGCAUGCCAAAUUCUGGCAUUGGUAUUGUUGUUACUCAAAAGCUCCUCCCGGGAUCGCUAGCAUAAUGCGAAAUAAUCAUGAAGAAUGGAUAGAAACAGAGAAACAUCGAAUGUGACGGCAGAUAAGAACCAUUCGGCCCAUCUAGUCUGCCCAAUUUUCUAAAUACUUUCAUUAGUCCCUAGUCUUAUUUUAUAGUUAGUAUAGCCUUAUGCCUAUCCCACACAUGCUUAAACUCCUUUACUGUGUUAACCUCUACCACUUCAGCUGGAAGGCUAUUCCAUGCAUCCACUACCCUUUCAGUAAAGUAAUACUUCCUGAUAUUAUUUUGAAACCAUUGCAGCUACUGUCUAUCCACGUUCCCUCAAUUCCCUCAAUUCCCAGCACUUUAUAGCUAUAAACCAAGUUGUGCAUUACCCCUGUUUUAACACCUUAAUUCCGAAUUCAGUUAAAAACAUUUUGAAUAUAAGACUUGACGACUCCCCACAGUCAGAACAUAUGCUCAGUUUGUAAAUUGUAGGUGGCACCCCUCUUUUGGUUGAUCAACCCCAUCUUAAUAACCUAAAUUCCUGACAUAUUACUAAUGGUCUAGCAGGUGAGAUCUCCAUUAAUGGGCGUCAGAGUUGAACAUGAUGGUAUCUGAACAAUUUGCCCGUAAGGUGGUAUGUAAGACUGUCAGUUGGCCAGAAAGGUCAGCUGCGUCAGGAGAGCUACCGAGAUAGAAUCCUUAAGAACGUUUGAGUUAUACUAUAGUUCUUUCCGUAUCAGUUUAGCAUCAUAUAUUUCUUUUUUUCUAUUGUUAUAAUUCAGUGUCUGCACAAGGACACCAGGAAAAACGGAGCACUCAGCAACUAUGAAGAGGCCUGGAAAUCAAAUGUCAUGCAUACCCUCUUCGAAAACUUGUUGAUAAAUUCUUUGGAGACGAUAGAAAAUAUUUACGUGAAUAAAUCAGAUUGUACUAGAACAGAACACCCAGGUAAACCUUAUCACAAGCCGAAAAAUAUAAUCCUACUUUUUAAUAAUUUUAUUUUUGUGGCUAUCAGACUGCAAUUGUUCUUCAUUUGGUUGUACAAAUUCGUCUGUUUCAACCUUGAGUUUGAAAGGUAAAAACCCAUUCGGAUCACCACAAAAGGCAACUCCGUAACGUGCACUGCGCCGUCUAACCUUAAAAAUGGUUUUGACAUAUAAUAAGGAAGUGAAGCGGAAGGGAUCUCCAGUGGAUAAGUUGAACUUUGGGUUCCUGAAAUCCUGUUUCUCGUCAAACCAUUUGAAAAUGGUUUUACUAAAAUCCAGAGGGCCUUCCCCCAGACUCCUAACAACCAUAAACACUAGAAUAAGCUGAAGUGGUUAUAGUGUUUAGAGCAGGGGUGUCUAAAAGGUAGAUCCCCAGAUGUUGUAGAACUACAACUCCCUUGAUGCUUUGCAAGCCUUUGGAAUGCCUUUAGAAGAGCAAAGAAUCAUGGAAGCUGUAGUUUUAAAACAUCUGGGGAUCUACCUUUUAAGCAGCCCUGGUUUAGAGUGGCACUAGAUAAGUCUACUGCAGAUCAUUUAUAUAUCGUUUUGGGGGGGGGAGGGAAGUGUCUUGUAUUAAACCAAUUUUAAAAAACAUUAAAACGCUAUUAAAAACAUUAUUAUCAGCUAGCAUGUUUAGUCUGUAUUGGUAAUGGUAGAAUGGAUCACUUUUAGGGAGAAGCAGAAUCUCAGAAUCAAUAUAAAGUUUUAAAAGAAAAACUAGCUUAAACUAUUAAACUACUGAUUUAUUUAAAUUCCGUUUUAGUGAAUCGUUCUAAUUAAUGGGCUCAUAUUAACAGAGCGCCUUUCUGAUGCAUUGCAGAAAUAUUGUAGAGCAUUUACUAAAAAAAACAAUUUCAUUAUAAUUAUUCUAUUAAAGAUUCUCAAUCAUGCGUCAUACCUUUCACUUUACAGAAUAUCAGAGCCAGAGCAGUUCAUUAACUUGGAAGAAAGUAUGUGAUUUAUAAUUGGUUAGUACCCGUUCUCCACUGUUAUUCGUUGAGUGGGAAGAGCGAGUUUAUGUACCAAUGGGCUUUUUUUCGGUUACAGCUUGUUGUUUGAAAUUUAUUUACAGCUCCCUGAAUUCCUAGACGAUUAAACGUUUCUUGGAAGGAAUUUUUUAUCUCAGAUUGUGGAACAAUAAGAAAAUGAAAUUUUCCACUGGACGAGCUACAGACUGCGAACACCUCCUCUUAUUGGCAGGAAAAAAACUUGUUUCUGUAAGCCGUGUGCUAUCCAUCCAUAGCUACAAACUUAGGUUUGUAUUCCUCCUUGAGCUACACAAUAAAAAUCUGAGGUUGUCAACCUACCACAGUUAAUUAAAGUGGCACUCUAUAAACACCAUAACCACUACAUCCUGCCACCCAGCUCCUUGCUUGGCAUUCCGGAACCUACCCAUGGUUGUCAUGGUAAUUGCUGCAAGUGAUAAUUGUCAGCAAUUCAAAGUGAAUUUCAAAAUUUACACCAAAAUAGCCAAACUGGAAACAUAGCUGACCUAGAGACAUUUUCAAAUAUAGAUAUUUUGGCCUUAAAUUUGAAAUUUACUUUAAAUUCACUUUAAACGCCCAGCAAUUCCCACUUUAGUAACUAACGCUUGUGAGUCUUCUUUCAUACACACACACACAAAGCACAUCACUGUGAGUUUUGUCGCUGUGGAGCUCUGUGAUAAACGUACACACGUAAUAAAUUGCAAUGCACUUUUGGAUGUAACAGAAAUUGUAUUAAUUUUACUACAAUAAAUCUCUGUGAUUCUCUUGUAUAUACUACACAUUAUUGUGAGUUGAAUUGCUGUGGAGCUCUGUGAUAUUUUAUUUCAAAUAUGGCUUUUAAUUUAUUUUGAUACCAUGUAUGACUCUGUUAUUAUCGGCUAGAACCUUAAGAAAAUGACAACAUUCCAGAGACAAUUGUAUUUUAU